CGACUACGUUUCAUUCAAUUAGACUGCUGCCGAAUGGUUAUUAAAUUUAGUUAGACUUAUUAAUUUACGUUUUAGCCUUUGACUUAUGCAAUUUGGUAAAUUGUCACUUUAGACGUAUAUUUGAGGGCUGAGUAGUUGACCAGUAAGUCCCAGAGUCCCAGUAACUGAAUCACUAAAACUUCACUCACUGGAUCACUGCUAAGUCUAUUUUAUUGAACUGCUCGUCAAUUUUAUAAAAUUUUGGGCCUUUUAUAACAUAUAAAUACACUCAAAGUCUUACGCCUUGCUAACCCCAAAUUUGCAAGUUAAGAAACAAUAGUAGAUUUAGUUUUAAAAACUGGCUAGUCUAAUCAUUUGCAACAUUUAUUUUUUUAUUUUUUUUUAUGUCUUGUUAUGGCCCUUGUUUUAGCCUACUAGUUUUUAGUUAGCUCAUGACAGGUUCAUUUCAUUCAGUUGAUUCCAUAAAUUUCCAUUCAUGCAACACCAUUCAGGAUUUAGUAGUGAGAUCUCUUAACUAAGUCAAGGUCCUCUUUUGACUUGAUAUUUAUAUUAGUCCAGAAAUAGGAGCCUAUUAAAUUUUAUUUCUAGCAUAUAUAUCAUAAUAUAUGAUUCAUAUUGAGAUUUAUUUUUAAUGCUAAAAUUAUUGACUGUCAGUUGUCAUUGUAUAGAAUAACAAUAAAUUAAUAAUACUUAUAUUUAUUGUAACUUUGGCAUAUUAUUUGUAUUAACAAUAAAGUAAAUAUAAUUAUAUAUAAAUGGUUAUACCAGUCACCAGAGAAAUAAGUUUGUAAGUCAGCAAGUUAAUUGAACUUUUUAAGUGUUACCCUGACAUAACUCAGAAUUGACUGAGUUGAAUUGACAUAAAGAUUAAUAAGUGCUAAAGGAUGCUUGUACUUGUAUGACUCUGUCAACUAUGUUCCUAUAAUCUUUCCUAUAAUAAUCAAAUGUUAAAGUUAUAUUUACCAAAGAUUUUUUUUUUUUUUAUCCAUCAGAUAUUAUGCAUUUAAGAUUGCUACUUAAAAAUACUUCGAAGAAAACCGCGAAAGUAACUUUUACAUUAAUAAGAAUUUGAAUUUCUCGAAGUCCUAUUCCUCUCUGAUGAUGGCCUCUGAUCUGAAAUGAAACUGAAGUCUGGAUAUGUGUUGUGCAUUUCAAUGAAUAAUAUUAAAAUAGUAUCAUUGUAGUGAAAUUAAAAUAUCUUUAAGAUGGCUACAAAUUUCGUGCAUAUUGGAGAUAUUGUCUCCCUUUAUGCUGAAGGCAGUGUCAGUGGAUUUUUAUCAACCCUUGGGUAAGUUUAAAUUAUUGGUCAAUAUUUAAUAUAUUUGAGGGCUUGGCUGUUUCAGAUUUAGCAGCCCACGUCGACUUUGUUUUGGAUUCACUCCCCUUAAUUUUUUUGUUAAAAGAGUUACAUUUUCGGAAUUAAAAUUUAUUUUAACUUGCUCGGCUUCUUUUUUCAGUUUAAUGUCAUUUAGUUAGACAGAUGUUACCUAUAACAUUUCAACAAUUGAUCAAAACCAUUUCAAUGUUUUAGCCUUGUAGAUGACAGAUCUGUUGUACAGCCUGAUGCAGGAGACCUAAAUAAUCCACCCAAAAAGUUCAGAGGUAUAAAUUGAUGGAAAAUAAAUGUACAUUAUUAAUCUGUAGAUGUCCAUUAAAUAUUUAAAUAUUCAAAUGUGCAUAAAAUAGUAGGCUAUUAUAGUCUAAAGAUUAUCAUUUGUAAAGUUUUCCUGUUAGCAAAAUUCUUCCUACCUUUUUAUACUGUUAAAAAAGUGAUGUUUUAAAAAAAAUAAAUGGUUCUAAUAAUUAGUUUGUGAUUUCUAAUACAUGUGUCAUGUAGAUGAUGAUGGUGAAAUUUAUUUCUUAUUAGUUGUGCAGUUUAAUUUUUUGGUAUGUAUGCCUUUUAGCAGACAAAAAAAGAGCUUAAAAUUUUGUUGAUUUAAUUUUUCAGACUGCUUAUUUAAGAUAUGUCCUAUGAAUCGCUACUCUGCCCAGAAACAGUUCUGGAAAGCUGCAAAGCAGACUUCAUCUAUGCCAGAUUCUGUUCUAUUGCAGCGUCUGAAAGUAAUACUUUCUUUUUCUCUCAUAUCUGUCUUUAAUUUCAACCAAAAAAGCAACAAACCCCACCCAGCGUUUUUAAAUCAUUUUUGGUUUAUUGAUAUUUUCAACCUAUCAAAUUAAUGUUGUCUGCACGUCAUUGAUGUUUAUUCCUUUAAACUCACAUUACACUUAUUUCAAGCUUGACAAUUUAAUUUGUGCACAUCACUUUUUGUAUAUUUUUAUAGGUAACUAAAUGUUUUGCUAUAAUCAACUUAAACUGUCUAUUGUAAAGUAAACUUCUCGAAUACCAGUCACAAGAUCUAUUUUUUCACUUGGAUAUUUUAAAAAGCUUCUGAACGUUUUUGUAUGAUUUAUCACAGAUUACAAUGCCAAGUUAUUAUUUUCAGCAUGCCGCUGAGCUGGAAAAGAAACAAAAUGAAACUGAAAUAAAAAAACUAAAGGGUACUGAAGUACAGUACAGCCAUGUGAUUCAGGUACAAGAAUCUACCUACAGCCUUUUCUUCGAUCAAUAUAUUUAUUUACUGACUUUACUAAGGAAAGAAAUAUUUUUAAAUACAAAAAAUCAAUUGCAGGAAUACUAACCUACAAAAACUGGCAAAAAUUUUAAAUUGUUUAAAACUGACACAUCAAGAAAUGGACCACAGUAGCUCAUAAAAGUAUUUACAAAUCUAUCUAUAUCUAGACAUUUUAUUUUUUACACUUAGUGAAUAUUAACAAUACCGGUAUAUAUUUUAUUAUUAUUUAAAAAAAAAAUUUUUUGUGCACAUCCUCUAGCUGCUGCAUGUGAAGAGCAACAAAUUCCUAACAGUAAACAAGCGCUUGCCAGCAUUGUUGGAAAAGAAUGCCAUGAGAGUUAUCCUAGACAGCUCUGGAAAUGAGGGCUCUUGGUUUUAUAUACAACCCUUUUAUAAGCACAGCUCUCCAGGGGAUAAGGUACUUCAAAUCUAAUAAUCAGCUUUAUCUCGGGUUAAAUUAUUCUGAUUUAUUUUUUUUAAUUAAAAAUAUAUUUACUCUAUGAUUAUGAAAAAAAUUCUGUUAAUCAAAAUAAAAUUUAACAAUAAAAUUCGCAAAUCAGAUAUACAAUUAGAAGCAAUCUAGCUAUGCCAUAAUUUCAUAGCCAAACACUUAAUAAUUUUAAUGUAAAUGUUUCCCACAUUUUUUUGCUCUAUUUCUUUUCCACAACCUAUAAACUAUAAUACCCUGCAGGUUGUGGUCGGUGAUAAGGUUGUACUGAACCCAGUCAAUGCUGGUCAACCUCUGCAUGCCAGUAACUGUGACCUGGUGGACAAUCCUGGAUGUAAGGAGGUUAACUCAGUUAGCAGUAACACAUGCUGGAAGGUCAUGCUGUUCAUGGACUACAAGGAGAAUCAAGAUGAUGUUCUCAAGGGGGUAUGUUUGAUGCUUUGAAAUGGCUCACUUGAGGCCUCUCUUUUUGUUUUAACUUUGUCUCUCUCUUAUUUGUUUCUUCUUCACAGCCUUUCUAAUCUCUCAGCUCUCUAUCGUUCUUUUCUUUUGCCAAGAUUUCUGUAUAAUUAAAUCCAAACUUUUCAUCUGAAUACUCCUAGGGGGAUGUGGUUCGGUUGUUUCAUGCAGAGCAAGAAAAGUUUCUGACAGGUGAUGAGUAUAAAAAGCAACAGUACGUUUUUUUGCGCACAACUGGAAGAACAUCAGCAACUGCUGCUACCAGUUCCAAAGCAUUAUGGGAAGUUGAGGUGAUUAAUUAGACGAAAAAUGGUAGUAUGACAUUAUAUUAUAGAAAAUCAGUCUUCUACAAUUAAUACAUUUUUGGACUUUUCAGUAUGCAAUCUUAUGGCAUAAUAAUCCAUGGCUUGCGUUAGCUUUUACUUAAAAGUUUGGUUUUUUUCUGAACUUAAGUGGAAUAAAAAUGUGGUUUUCUUUACCCCUCACAUUUUUAUUCUCACUUAUUUACUUAAAAAGAUAGUCUUAAAAUUAAAUCUUGUUUUAGAUAAAGUAUCUUUUCUUUCUAAAAAAUAAGGUUGUGCAGCAUGAUCCUUGUCGUGGUGGAGCAGGACACUGGAACAGUUUAUUUAGAUUUAAACAUUUGGCAACAGGACAGUAUCUCGCUGCAGAGGUAAAUACUCUAUGAUACAUUAAAAAACUUUACAUAUCUAUUUACAUCUGUAUGUUUUAGUGACUGUUGCAAAGAAAAGUUAAUGCAAUAUUAGCAGUUGUCCCUCCAUAAAGAAUAGGAUGUGAAACAUUUCAAAUGAGAAGAACCUCAACACAGAAGAACAAGGUUAACUUAAAAUCAUGGGGAUAGAAAUAUUUGUUUUUUUCAAAGAAUUUGAUUAAAAAAAACAACCUGACAAUGUCAUAAAAAUCAAGAAUUAUGAUACAAAGUCAAAACAAGUAAACAUUUUAAGCAUUAGAUAAUAAGGGGCUAAACAAUAGAGAUAAACACUCAGUUUUAAAAUUUUUGCCAUUCAUUAAGUCACCUUUAAUUUAUAUAGGUUGAUACUGAUCCCACAACUGAUGUCACACGCAAUAAGCUUCGAGGUCAGCCCAACCUACCUGUAUAUUGCCUUGUCUCAGUUCCACAUGGCCAUGACAUAGCAUCCAUUUUUGAGCUGGAUCCAACAACCAUGAUUAGAACAGAUUCACUUGUACCAAGGUGAUCUAGUCUAUAUACCAAAAAAUCAUCACUUUUAAAGUGAACCUUUUCAUAAUAAAACAAAAAAUAUCAUGACUUGUAAAUACAUGCCACAAUUGUAUCCCAUUUUAUUUGUAUUAUUUUCUUAAAGUGUCCCUUAACUCUUUCUCUCCGGAUCAAUGCUCCCAUUGUCAAUUUUAUAUGAGAUUUCGGACGGAUCGACGAUGGGAUCAUCAAUGUAUAAAAACCUGUUUAUUUCGGUUCUUUUCUUAGCUAUUGGUUUGUAAUUACUUUUAAUAAAAUCUAGAAUGAUUUUCCUUUGAUGAACAUCCGGUUUUUUCUUUAUUUCAAGGAGUUUUUACAUAGAACGAAGUAUUUGAAGCGGUUGUUUUGAUUGUCCAUUUUAGUUUUGUUUACAAACACGAAAUCUUGACCUGACCCAUCUGGUGAUCGAUCCAAUAAAGGCUGAAAAUAUUACUCUGAUGACGAUUCAGACAGUGAUUUUAUGAUUUCGGAUGCAGAGGCUGACUCUGAUGAAUCGCUUAAUUAUAAUCCUAGUACUACUAGUAUUAGUGGUACAAGUGAUGAAAUUGAUAAUUCACCAGCUGAUGAACAACCAGCCCCGCACCCAGCUAAAGUGCCUUCUAGAAGAGUUAAUAUUGUUCCUACUAUAAAUAAUUUAGAUUCCAAAAGGAAACCUGCUGAUCUUAGCACUGAAAUUGAGUGCAAUUUCAGAUUUUUACGUUUGAAAAAUAUAGGCGUAAAUUUGGAGUUUGUAUUGUGACUAGUAAGUCAAAUGACCUUGACAAUUUUUUUUACUUUGCUAGACACACAUAUUAUUCACAAGCUUGUACUCUCAAUAAAUGAGUAUGCUUCCUACAGAAUUAAAAUCAACACUCCAACAAGACUUAUUGAAGUAAAACAUGUGCCUAUUAGCUCGAAAAAGGACAGUUUGCAAAAAAUAUAGAGCAGGGCGAACUGUACAGGUAUAUGUGUAUCAAUAUGGAUUGUUUUCAGGCUUACCAUAGCUAAAUCCCAGAUGAAAAGAAAUGACAAAUUUAUGGUAAAUUUUCAUUUUACCAUAGUAAAUGUUAGUACAUACAAGGAUAGAGUGCAAAUAUUUUCUAAAAGCAGCUAAUUGUUUCCGGUGAAAAUAGUUUUUUUUUGGACAUUUUUUGUGUGGUGGUGACAAUGGAUAAUGUGCUCUGGUGUUCCAUUUUUUUAUUUUUUUAUUUUAAUGAGAUCUUUAUUAUUUGGGAUGCACACAUGGAUAUAGUUCAGAAAAAAACACAUUUUUGUUGCACUAUGGAUUCUAUUUUUCUCUUUGUGUGACUUGGAAUGAGCGUUUUGUGAACAUUUGAUGAGUUUUUUUAAUUUAAAAUUUUUAUUUUCCUUCAAUCGUAAUCACAUUUAUAUAUUAAAAUUUAAACCCAAGUCUGUAUUGUCUGUAAAAAGCAUGCAUUCCCCUUUAAUUCCGUACCAAACUUAACAUUUUCUGAUGAAAAACAAAAAAGUUAUGAUGGUUUAAAGAUAACAUAGUAGUGAAUAACAAAUAUGCAAAAUAGAUAUGGUGUCAGAACGCGGAAAUUAAUUCCGAAGAGAAAGAGUUGAAAGACAGUAAGUAUGGUUUAGAAUGGACACAGAUGUAUUUAAAAUAAUUUUUACUUUUCAAAAUUUUUAUUGUACAUCAGCUACAGGGAAUAUUCCAUCAUUCUUUCUUUCUCUUAUAUCAUUUAUGUUGUAUUUUAUAAAAACAAAUGUAAAUGUUCCAGACAAACAUAUGUUCGACUUCACCACUUAUGCACAGACUCCUGGGUUCACAGCACUACUAUACCUUUGGAUAAGGAUGAAGACAAACCAAUCAUGAAUAAGGUACUAUUUUCCUCUUCAAUUUUCCUCUUUAUUUUAACUGACAAAAUAUCAAUUCUUAGACUAUUUUAGGUAGCCAUGUAAUUUUAGGGCAAAGCAAUAUUGAGUUCAUGUUGGUUAUUCUCUGGGAGAACUAUUUUUAAACUAUUAGAACUACUGCUUGAAGCUUUGAGUGAACAAAUGUAAGUUGUAAUGAAUUGCCAUGACUAUUAUUACCUCUAUGUCUUUUAAAGCCUUUAUAAAAAUAUAUAUUAAUUAUUUUACAGUCACUUCACUGUUUUAUAACAAUAUGGAGUUCAUGGCAUUUACUAUAAUCAGGUUGGAUGUGCUAAAAUCAAAGAGGACAAAGAAGCAUUUGCCAUUGUGCCUGUGUCAGCUCAAGAAGUCAGGGAUCUGGACUUUGCCAAUGAUGCAGCCAAAGUCUUAACGGAGAUAGCCAACAAGUUGGAGAAGUCAUCCAUCACGCAGAAUCAGAGGAGGUCUGGGUUUGUACAUGUAGAUUACAUGUGCUGGCUUUUACUCACUCAGUGUUGUGCAACGUGUUGUAAUAACACCACUACAAGGUUGAAGGUGUUAAUUAUUCCAUAUGGUGGCUACGGUGUGGUAACUUUUUUUAUUGACAUAUUUAUUUAUAUGAUUCUGAAGAGAAAAGAACAUUCGGUCCAAACAGAAAUGUCUAGUAGUUUAAGGUAUCUCUCUAUCACAAUGGUUCUCAACCUGUGGGUCGCGACCCUUACAUAGGGGUCGCCUAAGUCUUUCGAUAUACACAUGUUUAUGAAGAAGCAACGAAAAUAAUUUUGAUGGUUGGGGGUCACCACAACAUGAGGAACUAAUUUUAAAGGGUCACGGCAUUAGCAAGGUUGAGAACCACUGCUCUAUCAAAGUAUUAAAUGUCAGAAAAUAUGGAUGUAUUAUCAUCUUUCUAUAAUAUCUGUCACUUAACAUUUUAAUAAUCUAGGUACAUGACAUAAUCUUACCAACUAAUGUUAAAAUCUUUUAAACUCCUCCUGCAAGAGAAACUUCGGGCAGAGUUAACUGGUGCCCUCUGAAACAUGCAUGUUUGACUGCAUUUAAUAAAUUUAUUAUUAGGCUACGGCAAAACACAAACCAUGACCUUACAACUCCUACUAACCACUCACAAGGUGUUAUGUAAUGCGUUCAAGAAAUUUUGUUAUUAACGUAUGAUGGUAUGAUGCACGAUACAAUCAGAGCUAAAAACUGUUGAAUAUACAUUGUUUUAUUCUACUUUAACAUUUAAAAACUUAACAAAAGAGAUUUUAAAAACAAGUCUUCUUCUUUUGUUCAGUUACUGAAAAAUUCAUUAAAAAAUCCAAAGUUCAAUUUUAUUCUUGUUAGUAUACACUGUCUUCUUUGAAAGGGCUCAAAAACUGUUAAAUUAAGCCUAAAUUCUGUUAUAGUAUGCCGGGAUACUUUCUAAAUAAUAAUCUGUUUGCUUAAAUUACUUGAGCCACAACCAUAUUAUAAGUAAUAAUUUUUAGCAAAUUUUCCUUUCUCUCAAAUGAAUGAUCUUUGUUAUGUGUUUAAACCUUAGGUCAGUGAUUCAGCUGAUCACAGAUGUCAUCUACUUUUUGGGCCAUUUAGAACUUUCCAACCCCACUGGAGAUUGCCUUGAUUUAGUCAUUUCCAAGCCAGACAGAGAAAGACAGAAACUUAUCAGGGAGCAGAAUAUACUGAAACAGGUAGCAUGAGAAUUUAUUUAAAAGUUUUAUUACACCACCCCAUUUAAUUAGAAUAUGAGUGGGUUAUUUAUGGAAAAAUUUAGUGGGAAAAUUCUAUAUUUGUAAUGAAUGGCAGAAUACAGAAGUUUUGGUGAGGAAAAAAAAACUAUAUAAAGGUUCUGAGCUCCUAAACUUAAAUUCUUUUCUAUGAAAGGCACAAUUUUAUGACAUAAUUUAUGGAAUUAUUACAUUUUUCUAAUUACAAAUUCAGGUUUGAUACCAGUAAAAAAAAACACUUAUACUUCUUUUGCAAAGCAAAUGGUUUUUGAUUUUUUCAUUUAGUUAAAGAGAGCUAUUGUUAUUAGGCAAUUAAUAUAAUGUGAGUUCAUGACAAGACUUAUGACUCAUUGCAUCAACUAUAAGUUCAAUCAAAAUUUAUUAAAAUCAAUGGCUGUUUCAGAUCUUUAAAAUCCUCCAAGCUCCAUUUAAUGAUGUAGGUGAUGGAGCUCUUAUGCAGUCAAUGGAAGAACUUGCUGAUCAGAGACAUGCAGCAUUUAGACACUUAUGUCGUCUGUGUUACAGGCUACUCAAGUUGUCUUUUCAGAACUAUAGGAAAAAUCAGGUAAUUUUCAAUCUGAAUAACGCUUCCCUUUCAGUUGACAAGUGUCUUACUUUUUGUGCCCCCUGGUUUAGUAACCUUUGGGUGGUGUCUGUAACUGGAGCUGUUUUGAUGUUACCAGCUUUCAAAGAGGAUGUGAAGUAUUUUUCUCAUGUUGGGUUGAUGUCUGAAUGGCUGAAAGUUUGCAUGCAGUAUGUCUUCAUGUUAACAACUUCUACUAUAUUUUGACCAUUCCUCUCUGCGAAAUAAAUAAUGUCAUUGCCAUAAAGCUCAUUUUAGCUAAUGAAUUUAAUACCAGCGAAUAGAAUGUUCUGUUAUAUUAUGGUUAGGAAUAUGUGGCAGCCAAGCUCCAGUUCAUGCAGCGCCAGAUUGGAUAUGAUGUUUUAGCAGAAGAUACAAUCACUGGUCUGCUUCACAACAACCGUAAGCUGCUAGAGAAGCACAUCAAGAAGCCUGAGAUUGAAAUGUUUGUCUCUUUGGUCAGGAGAAAGAAAGAACCAAGGUACAACAAUGUACACAAUGUGUCCUUGAUAAAUCUACUAAAACUCUUGUAAGCUCAAGCCUUUCUGGAAAAAAAACAACAUCAUCUUUAGUGUUUAUAAGUGGUAGAUUAUGUGAUAUGAAAUUUUAAUUUUUAUUGUUUUGACAUUACUUGCGAAAGAAGAUAAAAUUAAUGCUAAUUUUCUUGUAUUUCUAAAAGGUUUCUGGAUUAUCUGGCUGAUCUUUGUGUAUGCAGUAAAGUGGCUAUUCCCAUAACCCAGGAGCUUAUCUGUAAAACUCUACUAGCACUAGAAAACCAAGACAUCCUCAUAGAAACAAGGUAGAAAUAUUAAAUGUUUUUCAUUUAUUAAUUUUUUUAAUUUUGCAUUUACAAUUUUUCUCAGGAGAAUGUAAAAAAGACAAUUUUUUUUUAAUGCGCCAAGUAAGCUACUGCUUCCAUCUUUGGUGGUUGAGGUUUUUUUUAUCUGAUGUCUUCCUCUACCUAAGAAUAGCUUCUUUGGUGGGCUGACAAGUAAAUUUGGCCCAACUACUAGCUCUUAACUGGGGUUGAGCCCCAAAGUGUACAAGUCUGACACCUCUUGUUUUUGAGACAGAAAUGUUUACAUUACUCUAUGGGGCUGUGCAUUUUACUUACAUGAUACAGGAGCUUUCAAAGAUGCAUUGAAACACAAGUAAAUGGAGCUACAUCAAUUCAAUGACUAAAUGUAAAAAAAACAAACUUAUGUCAACUCUUGUUAGGGCAACAGUUUUAAUAAGCACAUACCUGAUAAUUUAAUCUAUUUAGUGGUCUUUGUUGACCAAGACUGUCAAUGUAAUCAUGCAUAUUUUCAUGUUUUGAUCUAUCAGGCUGAUUCGGACACAGAUGGAGUACGAGAUGCCAGCUGAAGGUGAUGAGGGUACCAUCAUGACAAUGGAUGAGGAUGAUGAGGUAGUUUUGUUUUGGGAUCCAACUUAUGACAAAUCUGGCAACAACAAGGAAGAAGGCAGCGUCCGUCAGGUGUUAGGCACCACUGGGGCAGAGUACAGAUGUCAGAAAGGCAUCAGAGAGCUUGCCAUGGGGGCAGCUGAUAACAUAAAAGCUGAUAAGGAGAUUCUAGAUUACUACAGGUAUCUCAAUAAUGUUUUUGGUUGUGUCUUCCUUUGGACCCAUGUUAUAACCAUUUGCUUUUUAAUUUGAUUUUAAAUGUGUAAAUUGGUCUUAUGGGCUUUUAAUUUAGAUAAUAACAAAGUUUUCUUCAUAAUCUUGAGUGUAUUUUAUUUGGUACUCAAAGAAUUAUUUUACAUGUUACAAAUGCUGUUUUUUUUACAUUAACAUGUUAAUUAACAAUUUUGUAGCAUAUUUGAUAAAUAACUAUAUUGAGACACAAGUAAUGGAUUUUUUUAAUCAUUUUUCAGUUAAUUUGUUGAAAUUGUUUUUUUAGCCUCAAUAACUUUACAGUGUUUUAAAAUUUUUAUUUUUGGAUGAUUAAAAUUUUAACUUAACUGUAUUUAGGCACCAACUUGACCUAUUCUCCCACAUGUGUUUGGACAGACAGUACCUGGCCAUAAAUAAACUUAGCGAGUCUCUGGAUGUAGAUCUAAUUCUAAAGUAGGUCAAUCAUACAAUUCUACAAAUAAAUUAAUAAAUUUCCAGGCUAGAGCUAGCAAUUUGUCAUCAGUUACAAAGAGGAUGUUGAUACCUCUUUUUGGAAUAUGAAACAUUGGCAUCUUCACUUUUAAUAAAUUCAAGUUAUUGACAUUAAUAUUUAAUCAUUUAUUAAGAAUCAGUUAAUCUUUAAUUCCUUAUUUUGAUAAUAUUCAAUAAUUUUACAACUAACUCAGUAAUUCUAUUUAAAAAUGCAAAAUACAUUUUUAGCAGCAUCAUAAAUGUCUUGUUAACUUCUACAGAUGUAUGGCUGAUGAGUCUCUUCCGCCUGACCUGCGUGCUGCCUUCUGCAGACUGAUGCUUUCCAUGCAUGUGGAUCGAGAUCCUCAGGAACAAGUGAAACCUGUUAAAUUUGCAAGACUUUGGUCUGAGAUACCUCAAAAGAUAUCUAUUGAAGAGUGGGUUUUGCGAGCUUUGUCAUAUAUUUUUUUUUUUUUUUAAAUAUAAUAACUUUCAACUCUGAUAAAAAUAUAUUGAAUUUGAGUUAUUUUUUUAGAAAUUCAAUUGAAAAAUGUUACUAUUACUCACCAGAUUUAUUGUAGAGUUCAAAAUUGUAAAAAUAUUUGUUAUUUGCUAUUGGUUCUUGAUACACAAAUAAAAUAAUCUAGCGCAGCUUAAGAAAUGUUGUUUCUCUUUGAAAGAGCCUCUAAAUAAUUUUAUUUUGCUUUUUUCAAUUAAAAAUGUUUUGCUUUUACUUAAAAAAAAUAAAAUAUUCAUGCCUUCCUUUGUGAAACAAACUUCAUUGUGAAAUAUUUGAAUUUUAGUUUACAAAGGCAUUUCAUCAAAGUAUAUUUUUUUUUAUUUUGUAAAAAAUCUCAGCCAUACUAGAGGCAAUUUUUUCCUAAUCUUCUCCAGUUAUGAGUCCAAUAUAACCAAAGCACCAGAAAAAGAGGAAGUGAAGAAAAAGUUUGAUCCCACUAUAGCCUUUGUUGAAGAUUACUUGUGCAACAUAGUGACCAAAGCAUGGGCUGAUGGUGAACAAAAUAACCUCACAUAUGAGGUAAACCCUACAGAUUAUAGAAUAUUGAGUAUUUUUAUAACUAGGAAACGUGAAACAAGGUAUAGAUAAACCUUAAAAAAGGACGCAAUAAAACAACGAAAAUGUCAGCAAGAGCCUUCUUUGGUAAACAAAUGACAAGUAACACAAAUAAAAAUUAAAAUAAACACUUGGCUGAUAUGUAGUAUCCAAGAGGAUAGCAAGAGGAAUGUAAUGUUAUCAUUUUUAUAGCUAGUGCUUGUCAUUUAAACCAUUGAAAUUCAAGCUCCCACUUUUUAACAUGAUAGAUAAUGAAAUUUACUCUCUCAAUCUUUAUUUAGACAGUGGGAACAGAAAAACGUAUACCUUAUAAAUUUUUGAAAGUGUAGUUUUUAAAAAAGUAAUUUUUGUACUUUUACUAUUAAUAAGUUACUUAUUAUAUUUAACUUCAAGAUGAGAAAUAGAUAAUACUUAUUUCCAAGUUAGCUACAUAUCUAUAUAAAAUAGUCAAAUAUGUAAAAUUGAAAAAAAAACGUACAAGCAAACAGUUGGAGCUAAUAAAAAUAUUUCAAUAUAUCAUUAGGUAGUUAACCUUGCCAGACAGUUGAUCUACUUUGGCUUCUACUCCUUCUCUGACUUACUGCGACUCACCAAAACAUUGCUCAGCAUUCUUGACUGUAUUCCUGAAUCUAUUGCCAGUCCCAUUUCAGCCCCUGUUGCUGUUGUAGUCGUUGAAGGUAAUCCAUAUAUCAUUAAUGAAAAAUUUUAAAACAAUUUAAUCACCAAUCUAGAUAGAUUUUUUACGUUAUGAAAAAACAGCACAAGUAAUUGCUGUGCAUCAGAAUUUUUAUUUUUGUGAAGUUUUUUUUCCUGUAUUUUUUUUUCUUUCUUUUUUUUUUUCUCAAAAAUUUUCUUGAUUGUUUAACCGAAUGUUGCUGUGCUUUAUAAGAUAGUUCAUCUUAAAAUAGUUUUUUACCUUCCUUUAAUCUUCCAAUAUAAAAUUAAAAUUGUUCAAGAUAUGGGGGUAAACGUUUUGUGAGCAAACUAGCCCCUCUGAAAUAUCUCAAAUGGUUGUCCCUCUUAAAAUACAUUUCCUGUAUUUCAGAUCCUGACCUUGACAUUCCGAUGUCACAGCAAGCUACAGAGUUAAAAAAUAAGAAGAAGAAAGAAGAGGAGGAGGACACAAAAAUUAUGGACACAAAACUGAAAAUUAUUGAGAUUCUAAAGGUAUGGUGCUGUUCAGAGAUAAUCAAUGAUAAUAAAAUAUAAACAAAAGGCUUUGGAGGGAUUUAAGUGAUCUUUAAUGUUGAUUCAUAUCUCUACAAAAAUAAUUAUGCUUCUUUAAUUUUUAAGUUGCUUUUUAUAAAUAUCUCAGUUUUGAAUGUCUGUGAAUUUAUAAAAUGUAAUUAUUUCGUGUUUUUCACAGAGUAUUAUUUAUUUAAUAUGUCAAAAACACAUAACCUAAUUUCAAUCCAAUUUUUAUGAACACAACGCUAAACUUCACAUUAAUUUGGUAAUUUUUACCAAAGGGGCAUUAUUUAAAAAAAAAAAAAGUUUGAGAAAUGUCCCUGAACAUGGCUAGAUUCACCCUGCUGUAAUUAUUUCAGUUUAUAAUGGACACCAGACUAGAUUUCCGAAUCACAUCCCUACUCUCCAUUUUCAAGAAAGAACAUGAUGAGAAUUAUAACCCCAAUGAAAAAACUGGUAAACAUUGGUUUUUAGGGCAUUGUGGUUUCCAAAUUUUUUCUAACAUCUCUUUUAGUAGACAACUGCUUAUAUGCAUGGCCUUUUUCAGACCUGUAUAUUCCUUUAGCUCAUUAGUAAAGGAGCAUUUCAUAGCAAUUUUAAAAUUCUAUUUCUAAAAAAAGCUAUAUCAACAUACAAAAAAACACAUGAUAAGCACAUUUUAACAGCAGAUGACUAACAGUCAUGAGAUGGAUAAAUUUUUAAAAUUGUUUCCUUUAGCGUACUUAAUUUUUUUAAAAACUUUAUUACUCACACCUUCAGCAACCAAUAACAUAUAAAUCAAUAAAUUAUUUCUUGUUCUUUUAUAUUGGUCUCUAUGUAUUAAGCUGAUUGCAGAACUGAGUGAUUUUGGUGUGUCCAGUAGUAGGAAUUAUAUUUAUGAUAAAAAUGAAUCCUUUUUUUCAAUUUCAUUGUUUACAAGUCUUAAAUUAAAAUUAAAUUAACCAUCUGCAGUUAGGAUAAAUUUUAAUUUCUUUGCUCUCUUAUUUUCUCCAUGCUUUGCAUAACUAUCAUAAAAUGAUAUAUACAUUUUUUUAAAAACAACACUUAUCUAUACAUUUUAAUAUUUUUAUUGUUUUGUUUUUUUUGGUGCUGUUUUUGUUCUUCAACAUUUACAUUUUUAAAACCCAUUUUUCCUAUAACAAAUAUUUAAUUCUAAUUUUGUUUGAAAGUGAAAAUGUUUCGGCAUUGUUCCAGUUAGGCAUCAUUCCGACUAAUAAUUCUUUUUAAAGUUUAGAACAAUCAGCAAAUGAACCAUUCUAUCAAAAUGUAAAUUUGUAAAUGGGAACUUACAUGUUCUCUACUUUCACAAAUUUAUUAUACAAUUUUAAUGAAGCUUUUGUUGAAAUUACAUAUGAACAAUUUAUUCAAGACUUUGAAUAUAAACAUUACAGCUUAGGACAUAGUUCCUUAAAAAUUUAGUUUUAUUUUUUUCUCUCCCUUUUCUAGAAUGUUAAUGACCACAAUAGGCAUUUUUAGAAAAUAUUCUGAAGAACUGGCUUUUUAAACAAACAAUUUUUGAUAGUGGUUUAUCAUUUUGCAGACUCUUAAUAUUUGUCCAUACAUCCUGGGAACCAUUUAAGAGUAGUGAUUUUUUUAAAAAUCUAAAGUUAAUGGUACCAAAUUUAGGACUGAAGACUUUAGACCAAUAACCACCUGACAAAUGAUCUAUUAAUUAGUAAGUGCACAUGGCUGUUAGAUACAAACACAUUUAUUCAUAUUUGCUACAUUUAAUACUAUAGCACAGGCCUGCACAACUCAAAAUUUAAGGGGGCUGUAAUACUUUAUGAAAAACUUGUGCGAGCCGAAAGAUAAUAGGACUGGGCAAAAGCUAUUAAAAAAAUAAUAAUAAUAUAUAAUAUUUCGUUACUUCGCCGACUGCCAAGUGGGUGCUUGCGGGCCGUAUGUUGUGCAGGCCUGCUAUUGCAGAUUUUAUGUUGUAGUUUAAAUGAAUUCAUCUUUAAAAAGAAAAUACUUGCUUCUUAAAACAAAAUCAAAAUUAUAUAACCUUAAAGAAGCUAAUUUUUCACUUCUUGGCCUCAAUGAUCAUUUUAUUGUCUGCCUGCUUAUUAAUUUAGGGAAUUAGCUUUUCUCUGCAAGAAAUUAAAAUCUUAUGGGUUUUUUUUCCCUCCAACAAUUAUGAGGGCAAAGAAGAGUUUUAAAUAUAUUUUUUAUUAUUCAAAAUAUAUUUAAAGAGCCUUUGUAUCUGUCACCAAGUUAUUUAUGAAUGGGCUUAUAAAUAAGUUUGCACUACUAACAAUCUAUAUAUGUAUAUCUGACCUUGACCUAUGUGCGCCCAGUACCUGAUGCAUGUGCGCCUGGAUUAUCGCCUGGCCUGGAUUCUGGCCAUGUUUAAGUCCCAGAUACAACCCCAGCUAGAUAACAGUCCAGUGUACAAGUCUAACACUAACAUACGUAGGUCUUUCUGUCUCUUUGAGUCUUGUGACCCACUCUCAGGCCAGCCUGUUGUUUCAUAGUCCACUGUUUAUAUGCUUGGCUUCACCUAACAGUUUCUGGUUCUUCAAUAAAUGUCUGCCAGAUUCAGUUUUUUACUGCACAUUGAUGGAGUUAAUUACUACUACACUCUUAUUUUUAUUGUCUUAGUUAGAAGCGAUUGUUACAGUUGAUAAGUAAGUUUGCAUACAGUUAACUAAACAAAGAAAUGUCAUUGCUUCUCUGGAUAUAAAACAUAAAAAAUUGCCUAAGAUCAAGAUUUGCCUUUUUUAAGGACAGGAGAUAAAACACGUACAAUUUAAUAUUAAAAUCUUUAUUACAAAUGAGUUAGUUAGUCUUGAUUAGUGUUCAGAUUUACUGUGUUGUGAUCUAUUUUCCGACCUUGCAUGUCUUGCUCAGUACCAAUAGCACCCCAGUGAAUCAUAUCAGGCUUUCACUGCUGCUUCUCACAGAGCUAUUUUCAAACACAAAUUUGGAUGACUAAUGUUUUGAUGCUUUUCUUUGGAUUCAAGUUUUUCAUUAAGCUCAAUUUAAACAAUUAUUUGCAUUUAAUUUUGUACUACUUUUAUUUUACUGAUUAUUUAAAAAAUUUGUAAUUAAAUCUGAACAACUAAGAUAUAGUAUUUAAAGGCUCAAUUUUUGCAAAAGUGCUUAAUAGUUAUAAAAUAGGUUAGCAAUGGACAUACAUAUUUUUUCAUAUUGUUUGUGAUAUGAAUAUUUAUAUCCUCCACACAGACUAAAUCUGCUGUGUCAGAAUUCUUGAAACGUUUAAAGUCUGUGUUUGAAUCCAUUUUCACUUUUCAUCAUAAAUUCUGACAGUUUGUCAUUUGUUGUUCAUCUCUUCCUGUAUUCUUUAGCUAAACUUGCUGCAGAUGUUUGUUCAUAUCUCAAACUCAUAUCCCUAAAAAUAACAACUUAUCAUUAAUGUACAUAUAAAUCCCAAAUAUUUAAAUCUUCUAAUAACAUUUAACAAUAAUUGUUUGCACUCAGUGUCACACUAUCUUAACCACUUUUUAUUCCUUCUUAAUAGAAUGCAUUUAAUGAUAUCAGCAGAGAAAUAUAACAAACUCAUAAACUUUUUUAAAACUUAAUUUUUGUUUUAUUAUGGAAAACGAGUAAACGUUUUAAAUAGGUCUUAGAAAAUUGUUUCCAAUGUGCAAAAAUUCCUAUUCACAAAGUAAAUAUGUAUGAGUGUGCAAAAUAAUUUUGUUUAUUCAAAAAUUCUCAUAGGUUUGUUAAAAGUUAUAUUUAAGCAUCUCUUUUGUAUUUAGAUUUGAAUAAAGUCAUUAAUAUAGAUAGCCCUUACAGCUCAAGUAAAUUUUAAAGUUUCAUUUAUAAAUAAUUCAUGCAUUGCAAAUAUUCACUUUGUUGUAUUUAAUUAUUCAGCAAAGUUCAUAGAAAUAUUUAAAAUGUAUGAAAAUUAAAAAGCUAUUGGGGUGGUGAGAGGAGCAUGGAAAGGGGGGGGGGGGGGGUAGAUGAGUCAAUAGAAAAAUUAGUUUUCUGUGUUGCUCACAAGAAUGUUUUUGUUCUUUGAAAUUUUAAAUGUAGGUUUGCCAGCCAAGCUUUUGCUACUUGCAAAAGUUACUUCAAAUCACUUAUUAAUGUUUUAUACUUGUACAGAUAACAAAAUUUGAAAAUAUGUUUUUUUGAAAAUUGUACACUUUGUUUCAACUUAGCUAUGCCAAAGCAAAAGAAAAAUAUAAAAAGGACAUCCCAGUUAUUUUCUUAUUGAUUUCAAUUUGAAUUAUUGGGCUAAUUUUUAUCAUCAUUUUUAUUUUUGGCUUGUUCAUCUGAUUCUUUGUUGCAAUUUCAAGAUUUUUGAAAUAUCUUUUUGCUGGGGGCUUUUCAGGGCUGGAUCUAGACAGCAUAGCCACACAAGCUGAAGAUGUCUUUGGAGGCAGGUGAGUACACACAAUUUUCAAAGUGCAUGUAUAAACCAUUGAUGAGUGGGUUACUAUAAAUAUGUACUUUCUGGGGGCAUUGUCUUAAUGCUUUCCUGGAAAUCAAAAUUUAAAAAAUAAUCAACCCAUACUUGCCAACUUUUAAAAUUUACCCAUACUCUGUAAGCCUUCUAAGGUGUGUACACUUAACAUAGACCAUUACAUAUUCUCAAACAUACAUGUGUGGAUUAUUUUGUUUGUUAUAUCCAUGAAUGUAUUUUUUAUCUGAUGAAAACUUGAAGAAAUUGGGAUAAUAAAAGAUGGUGAAAAUUGGAAAACCAGAGUAAAAGAACUUAAGUUGCUGGUUUUUUUUUGUAGCAUUUGUUGGACUUGAGAACUAAAUUACAUUUGAUAUGGAAAAAGCAAACUUUUAGUUAGGAAGGGACGCAGGGUAAUAAAUCUAUGAUUCUCUUUAACAGACAAAAAUGUUUAAAUCAAUUGCCCAGAUAUUAAAAAAACAAAAAAAAGUUUAGACACAAUAAAAUGUAAAAAAUGUAUAACAUUUUAUUUUAAGAAAUUCAAGACUCUUUUUUGUUAUUUCUAAAUUCUUUUAUAUUUCUUUUUUGGUUUUAAAUAUACAUAACAAUAAUUAGUUGUUUUUUUUCUGUAAAAAUCCGUCCGUUAUUUGCCCGUUAAUUGAGAUUAUACUGCAGUUUCAAAUUUGUAAUAUUUCUCUAGCAACUCUAACCAAAUAUCAAUAAUAUUUUUACAGUUUGGAUCAAGACCAUUCUACAUUAAAGAUAAAUAACUUUUAGUUAAUGCAUGCUUAAUAAAUCGUAACAUAAUACUAUUUCCAACCAGCAUAAAUGAAAAUCUUCACCAAAAGUUUGUUUUGUUAUUUUGAAAAUUUUUUGUUUUGGUCUCUGCACUAGCUUUCAGCUACUUGAAGUUGGCAAGUAUGUCUUAACAUGUUACUGAAUUUUUCUUUAAAUUAAGAUUAUUUUUCUGAAAGCCUUUUGCAAUUUGAAAUUGCUGAAUGUGCAGUUGUAAACUGAAGCUUUGCAUUCUUAACUUUGAGCUGCAUGGACAUUUAUCUUUUUGUUGUUACCUUUUAAUUCAUUCAUAUCUAUGAAAAUUGCAAUCCUACUUUAUGUAAAUUAAACAUCUGUGUCAACAAAUAUUAAACAGCUGCUAUAUUCCUGUCUAUAUUUUUGCCAUCCAUUUCUCUUGCUUGUACAGUCUCUAUUUUCUCUGCGCAGUGAUGAGUUGGACCUUGAUGGCCAAGGCGGCAAGAUGUUUCUCAGGGUGCUACUGAACAUGGUGAUGCACAACUACCCAUCUCUUGUUUCUGGUGCUCUGCAGCUUUUGUUUAGACAUUUCUCUCAGCGCCAGGAGGUCCUCAAUGCCUUCACACAAGUGAGUGGGCCAUGAAAUAAUAAUGAUCUACUUAUACUUAGGCUGAACAAAGUUUCCUUUGUCUAGCAACUUUAAUAAACUUUUAAAUUAAAAUAUAUUCAUUUCUUCCAGACCUAAGCUAUAAUUUAAAUAAAAAUAUCAUUGAUCUAUUUGCCUUUUCCUACAUAAAAAAAUGACUCUCAAUUCCUUGAAGUGUGGCAAAAUUUAUUAGUUUUUGUUAUGUUUGAAAAAUAUUUUAAACUUUUUUAAACAAAAUCUAAUUAAAAAAUUAUUUUUCCAUUACCUUGUUUGAAAUUGUAAAAUUUUAUUUUUAUAAAAUUAUCAGGUCCAGCUUCUAGUCACCACCAGUGAUGUGGAAAACUAUCGUCAAAUAAAAUCUGACCUUGACAAACUUCGUUUGCUUGUGGAAAAGUCAGAGUUGUGGGUCUACAAAAGUAAACAUGGUGAUGAUGCACCAAAGAAGAAAAAGAAAAAGUCUACCAAUGAUGAUGGUGAGGAAGGGAAAGAGGCAUCAGAGAAGCCUGAAAAGAAAUCGAAAAAAAAGGACCAUCCGGUAUGUCUUGAAAAUUUAUUUGAUGCCCAAGAAAGAAAUAUUUACCAGCCUAGCAAUCAAAGAAUUAAUCUGAUUUAAAUUGAAUGUUACUUACAUUUAAUAUUGCAUUUAUUUUGACUUAAAUUAGCUAUUGAUUUUUGUAUGAUCAUAUCAGUGAAAAAUGAUUAAAAAUGUGAAACUUGCAAUAAUGGAGAGAUCGCAAGGGAUCACAAACACAACGCUAAUUUGCAUGAAGUGUUGCGUUUGCCAUGACUCAUCGGAUGCUUUCAUUUGCACAGUAAAUACUUAUAUCUGUCAGCACAGUUGAAACAAACACUGAAGUUUAAACUUAUGACAGACCAGUUAACAAAAUUAUAUUUCAAGGGCUUGUACAAUUUAAAAUAAGAAAUAAAAUAUUUUUGGUUGUUAGUUUUAGCUAAUUUCUACACCCAGUGGUCAAUGGACAGAGAAAUAUGAUUGGCUGGGGACCAUCCAUAAUUUUUUAUUGUAGGUGCUAAGAGAGGAAAGGGGGUGGUGUUGACUUGGAAGCUUAUAUGUGUGCUUGGGAGGGGUAGAAUUUUUAAGACUAAUAAUGCCACCACUCAAUGAUCGUAAUAUUGUUGCUUUAUGUUUUCACAAUGAACUCACUAGAUGCAGCAACAAAUUUAGAUUUAGUGUAUUCGCCCAAGUGACAAAGUUAGUAAACUUUUGAUAUUGUUUGCUUCAUUGGUGGUCAAUGACAUAAUUUUGUGACAUAGUUAUUUCUUUGUUCGACUGAACAACGUCAAUUUAGAAAAUGGAGAAAAGUGCAUAAUUUUUGGAGAAAUGCAUCCUCCACUGCUCCGCACAGCAGCGUUAAAUUUUCUCAAAUCUUAUAAGAUCUGGGAAGAGGCAUUUGAAAUCUAUUUUUAGAAAUCACUAAGCAGCUGUGCAGUUUUAAUACACCGGCAUUCCUCUUCCUUUCUCUCCAUACUGGUUGUGGAAGUUAUUAGACUACGAUAUAUUAACGGAAAAUAAAAUUAGGCUCCUACUUUUAAUGCAUGGGGGAGGUAACCCACAACUGUCGCGCCAAAUAUUAUAAAUUAUGGCCAAUGGGAUGUAUCGCAAAUGAACUUAUUUCUUCAUUCAAUUAGUGAUCAUUUUCAUUUUUGGAAUAAACACAUAUAUAUACAUUUUUUUUUGUGAUGGUGUGCGCCAUUUCUGUGUACCUGCCCCUUUUUUGGACUGCUUUUAAAAAACAGAUUAAAAUUAAUUAAUAAUUUUCAAAAUUCACUAUUUAAUAACAACUAAAAUAAAAGGAUUUAUAUAAACACAGGCAAGGAGAACCUAAUUUUCCACAAGCAUUACAAUUAAGUGUAGAAUGAUGCAAAAGUUCAUCUCUGCAUUUUGAACUUCUCAGCCUCCUCCCAAACCCCACCCCCACUUUUGCCCUUAAGUUAUUUAGUUACUAGUACCAUACUGUAUUGUGCAAUUUUUGGAUGGUAAAGUACUAUUCUUAGACUAAAUUUUGCUAUUUUGAGAGUUCAGUGUAACCAUAUCUGUUAUGAGACUAAUGGGAAAAACAUUUGCCCAUAGCAUAUUCAUAGUUCAUAAUGUGGAACCUUGUAAGUAAAAGAAAUCCUGGCCUCCAUCCUUUUAAUAGCAGAUAUAAGUUGAGUUUGAGUUCUGUUCAUCAAUUUCUUUUUAAUGUACAGGGUCACCCAGAAUCCGAAUCUGCCAUUGAUCUUGAUUUAGGACCACCGAUCAGCAGUGAUUCUAGUGUAAACUACAAGACUAUCAAGGCAGUAAGUAUAUGUAUUAUAUGUUGCCAUUUAGAGACUUUCAGGUGGCUUCUUCUCAGAAUCUGAUACUUGAUUGAACAAUAACAAAGGGUUAACUCCACUAAAGCUGUCAGCAAUAUUUGGCUCUUCUUUUUUUUUUUCCUACUGUAAAGGCAUUUGAUAUGUUAAAUUCCAAUUAGUUUCUUCACAGGAGUGCAAUAAAACGUUUUGUAAUUGUAAAGAAAGUCAAAGAAAAAUGGAAUAAGCCAGUAUUUUAUUUUAAAUUAGGUAAUGCCAUUCUGUUAGACAUUGCUUAAAACGCAGGUUUGCACAAUUUUGGCAUCUGGAGAUGCUAAUAAAGGGAAGUAAAUCCUAUUGGAAAUCAUUGCUCCUAACAGUCAAGUCCUCAGGUCAUUGUUAAACAACACUCUUAGAGUGAUUAAACUCAGGUAGUUACUUUGUGUUUAAUGACAAAUCUUGAACUUAAAGCACAAAUCAACAGUGUCUAUACCGUUUUUCCCUUGACUUCACAAGAAACUAGUCUCUUUUAUGUUAUGAUAAUCAUCAUCUAAGGCUGUCGAUUUUUUCAAUAGAUUUAUAUUUUCCCACCACUGAACUUUCUAUAUCCUCCAUGAUAGAUUCUACAAAGACUAACCAAGUUGUGCAUUGAGCCAACUGAAAGUGCCAACAAAAAGGUCCACAUUUAGAAGCUCUCCUUGUUGAAUAUCGUCUGUAAAAUUGGUUGUAUUAGAGGCCAUUUAGCUCGCUAGACCUUCAAUAAAAUUUAACAAUUUGGAGUUUUCUUUGAUUAGAUUUAGAUAUACAAGUAAUAUGGAUUUAUUAGAAAUUUGUGUUUGUUUUCAUUGUUUGAAGAUGAUUAUUUUAUAAAAUAAAAUACUUUUGAAUUUAGUAAAUUAAAUAGAUUUUCAAAGUCAAAUGUUAAAAACUUCACUUAUUAAAAAUGCACCUUAAAAAAGUAAUAAUUAUGUGAGAAGAAAUCUUGACAUUUAACAAAAAUAUGAAAAUGUUGAGCCCAAGACAUGAAUUAGAAUUGAAAAAACAUAUUUAGUAUUUAAAAAUUGUAAAAUCCCAUUACUUACGUGAUCUGAAUACCAUAAUACAUGGACCAUAUUAUGCAUUAUUUUUCUUAAACAGCUUUCUUUCAUUCAAUCUUAAAUAAUUGGUUCAAAAAUCAUUUAUUUUAAAACACAAUUUACAUAAUUUUUAAAUCAUUAGAUACAGUUUUUACUAGAUAUUUAUUUCUUCAAACUUUCGUAAUUUUAUUUAGUUUUGUUUCCUAUUAAUUUUUUUGGCCAACUGUUGAGUAGCAAUUUUGAUUUGUUCAAUAUUAUAAACCUUUAUUUUUAAUUUUCAAAUAUUCUCAUUUACUUUAUUUGAAGUUUGUAUCUGGUAGCUGUAGCGAUUUAUACAAUUCAAAAUAAUAUGCACAAAUCUAAGGAGCAUUUUGCUCAUGAAAAUAACAAGUCCAUCUAACUUGUCAAUCCAACAGUAGCGACUUGGUGGUGGUUAUUGCAUUUAAUUUUCUUUUCUUCUUGUUUAUUUAGGAUUGAUUGAUUUUGAAAAUUAGCUAAUAUUACAUGUAAACAAAAAAUAAGAGUCGUCCGUUUGAAGUAUGCCACAUCAAGAUUUCCUUCUUGUUAUUUUCUUUUGAAUGUUUGUGCAUUUGUUAGAACUAAAUAAUUGCUGUUAUGUGUUGUUGGUGUACAUAUUUUUAUACUUCACAUGCCGGGCACAUGGUUUAAAUCGCACAUGAAUUUCAUGGUACUUUUUGUAUUAGUUGCAUAUAAGGACACCUGUCAGGUCAACAAUGGUAAAUGGUAUGUAAACUGAUUAUGCAGGUCAGUGUCUAUAUUCAAACAGGGUGGCCAAUAAUGUUUUAAAGUGCAACAAAAAAAAGCUUUCUAAAUCAAGCCUAAGCAGUGUUUAUUUCUAGGCCCCAAAAGAGGCUGUUGCCUCUAGUUUAACAACCGACUUUUGAUUGAUUUGUUGGAUUAUAUCAAUUUAAAAAGUUAACUAUUCGUAUCUAUCAGAGAUAAUUGCCUGAGCUUGGGGCCAUCUGUACAUCUCAAAUCAUCUUCCUCGCAAAGUUUAAUUCUCCUUAUUAAAAUAUCUGGUGCUUCAGUAGAAUUUUCUAUUUUUUUAGUUGGUAGCUUUUUUUUUUUAAUUAAAAAAUAUAUAAUUGAUUUCUUUUCCUAUUUAGUUUCACUAUCAGCAGAUAAUGAGGAUGAUGGUAAAACAUCUAGUGUAACUUAGAUCACCUUUUUUUAAUUUGUAAAGGAAAUGUCUGUCUGACAAAUAUCUCUUGGAGAGAUGGCUUGAAACAAAUAAUAGAAUAUUAUAUUAUUUUAAUCCAAUCACAUAAGUUUAACAUUUAACUUGUAAUAGAACUUAGCAAGAAACAGACCUUGAAAUAUCAGAGUGCAUUGUUAAAGAAACCUAUUGUAACACCUGCUCUGAAUAGUCCCAACCCAUAAUGUAAUGGCUGCAUUAAUAUUAUAUCAGCAAUAAUCAAUUGAGAUUUACAAAAAUGUGCCUCCCACAUGAGUCAGCUCAUCUUUAAUCUUUCCGUUUAAAACAUGUUUUAAUAACACAUGUGUUGCCUCCAUUCAUUUACAUGUAUUUUAUUACAUUUGUCUGCUUGACAGAUCCUACAAAGAUUGACAAAGCUGUGCAUCCAGGAAGCUGGGGACUUGAAGAAGGCACGCAAGCAUGAGCAAAGACUUCUGAGAAAUAUGAAUGCACAUUAUGUCAUUCUGGAGCUUCUCAGUAUUACCUAUGAUAAGGUAAAGACUUAUUUUUGUUGCAAAGGGCAAAAAUCAUGGCAUCUGUUCAUUUCCUUUGGUUGUAUGCUAUGCAUGCAUUAAUAUGAUAUAAAAAAAUAUCAUUUACACCUCACACUAUUAAAAAAAGUAUAUUGCUUCAGUGUUCAUUCACUUUAGAUGUUUAUUUUUGCUCUUACUACUUAGUGUAUUUAGGUUUCAGUCACCUACUGAAGUUCUUUUGUUAUUACCAGGAGUUGGAUAGUCGCAUGAAUGAGCUGAUGAAGCUGGCUCAUGAGUUUCUCCAAGCUUUUUGUCUCAACAACCAGCCCAACCAGUGCCUCUUGGAGGACAAGCUGGAACUAUUUUUAACCCCAGGGGUGAGUUUUCCUUUCAUUAUUAUCUCACUCUCUUUAUAACUGAUACAAAUGUUGAUUUAAAUGUACAUUUUUUCCCUCAUAACUUUUACAAGUUUUCAAUCAGAUUUAGCUGAGAUACAUUUAAAAUUAUUUUUUCAGAUUCUUCUUUUAUGAUUUUAAAAAAUAAAAUAAUACUCAGAUACUAAUUAUAGAAAGUGUGUUACAUUUUUCUGUAAAUCUUCUUUGACCAACAGCUGCUGGAGGCUGAGACAAUGAAAGCCAUUUUUCAAGACAAUGCCCAGUUAUCUAAUGAAGUCAGUGACAGGGUUAUUCAGCACUUUGUUCACAACAUUGAGACCCAUGGCAGACAUGUGCAGUACUUGAAGUUCCUCCAGACCAUAGUCAAGGCUGAGGGGGAGUACAUCAGGCGGUGUCAAGAUCUGGUCAUGUCUGAGGUGAGUACUCCCUGCCGAUAGGAACAAUGCUUCUUCCAAGUUUGACAAAAUUUACUUCUUCAGAGUUAUCUCAACAAACAAUACUUCUUCAAAGUUCCUUUGACAAACAAUACUUCUUCAAAGCUCCCUGAAAAAAAAAAAAAACUUCCAAGUUCUUUGGACAAACAAUACUACUUCAGUGUUUCCUCAACAAACAAUAGUUCCUUUGACAAGCAAUAACUUCAGUGUUCCCUUGAUUUGCACAUUUAGGUGAUUACAACUAAUAAUUUGGAGUGCGCUGUGCAUUAUUUAAAUGUGUGUUCCAUUUCAUAGCCCUUGUAAAAAUAUUCAUUUCUUCAUUCAGUGCUCUAGUUUUAUUUCCCAACUGUUGGUGUAAAUAAAGAUCAAUCCUAACAAAGUCUCCAUUUCUCCACCAACUGCAGCUGGUCAAUGUCGGUGAGGAUGUCCUUGUUUUCUACAAUGAGCCAUCUAGCUUUGAACACCUGAUUGAGCUGAUGCAGUCCGAGAAGGACAGGGUGAAUGAGAAGAGCGCCCUCAACUAUCACAUUCACCUGGUCCAGCUGCUGGCCCUGUGCACUGAGGGCAAGAAUGUGUACACAGAGAUCAAGUGCCACUCCCUGCUGCCCCUGGAUGAUAUUGUCAAAGUUGUUGUUCAUCAAGACUGUAUUCCUGAGGUGGGUUAUGACAAAAUAAUCACUCAUUUUUAACUGUUGAUUUUCAUCUGAAAUGCAUUCUUGAUGUGACUGUUACUAUAAUGAGGUUUGCUUUUGAACAACUUUCAUUCUGAUAACCAAGAAUCAUCCUGACUUCAUUCCAGUGGCAAUGAAAUAAAUGCCCAUUCACUAACCUCUUCAUGACCUGAUGACAUCAUGAUGAUGUCACAUUAACCAUUUUUUUUUUUUUAAUUUCCGCUUUUCCACACUUGUCACACAAAAAAAUAUUUGUAAAAAAAUUUCUUAUUGACACCAUGUAGGGAUAAAUAAUAUCUCAUUUGUCUGAUGUUCACAUAUAAUUUACAGAAUCUGGUUUCAUGUAAUUUAUUUCUCAUUUAAAAAGUUGUGAUUUUCCAAACUAAUUAAAUAGAAAUUUACCUUUUUUUAAAAAUCCAUUCCAAUGUCCUCAUGUUUUACUUGGAUCUAGAACAAUACAGAUAUCUUAAUCUCAAGCUGCAAUAAUAUAUUUUGUGAAAAGUUACUUAUCCACUUGCUUAGUUUCGAUAAAAUGUAAAAAGUGAGUUAUCCACAUGCUAUAACUUGUAUCAGGUAAAGAAAGCUCACUGUUAUGUGGAUACUGUAUGUUACUAGCAUGUUUAUUGUUAUAACUUGUAACAGGUGAAGACAGCGUACAUUAAUUUCCUCAACCACUGUUAUGUGGACACUGAGGUGGAGAUGAAGGAGAUAUAUGCCAGCAAACACAUGUGGACUUUGUUUGAAAACUUCUUGGUGGAUAUUGCUAUGGUAAGUAGGGAACUUUUACUGCUCUUUAGCAACAGUGAUAAUCUUUUAACGCUGAGUUUGUACAACAAAGUGUUUUUUGUUGUUUUUUCCUUCAAUUUUUUGUGAACUGCCCAAAGAGAUUAUACAGUAGUAUGAGGAUUUUAAUUUUUCUUAAAUUAUGGCUUCUAAGGUGAAAGAAUCUUUUAUGAAUUUAAAUUGUGGUCUCUGGUUGAUGUGAACAGUAAUACAAAGAUGAAAGUAAGCUUAUCAAUGCCAUUUAGAAAUAUAACCUUUUAAAGAUAUUUUCAAUAAAUCAACUCCUUGAUCCCAGUGGGGCUCUCUUGUUAGGAUGUUAUUUUAUAUGGGAUGGAGCAAUUUUUUCAGCUGACAUCAUUCCCAAAUAAUCAGGUCACUAAUUUCAUGUAUUGGAUUAGAGAUCCACCAAACAUUUCUUGGUCUUUUGACUGAAAGUAAAUUCUACACUGUUCAAUUGAUCAUAAUUGACCUUAUUUGAUCUAAUGGGAUUUUCAAGAUAAUCCUGUUUUGUACUUGCCAGGUGUGCAAUGCAACACAUGACAGAAAGCAUGCCAACACAGAGCUGGAACAGUAUGUCACUGUCACUGUCAUGAAUAUCAUCACCACUUUUUUCAACUCUCCUUUUUCUGACCAGAGUACCAACAUACAGGUACUAUAACAUAUUUCUAUUAACACUGAUGUCUAAAUUUACUUUGAUUGUUCACAUGCAGUGUCAACCCCAUGGAUGCAGUUUUUGUCCACACUGUAUUUUGAGACAAUAUUAGCUUAAUAAUAUAAUCGGAACCAAGCAGUUCUUAACCUUUUUAGUACUACGACCCCUUUAAAACAUUUGCCAAGUUGUGGAGACCCAAGACCAAUAUUAUACCUUGAGAAACAAAAAGAAAGGAAGAAAAGGAGGGGGGGGGGCAGAGUUUUUUGUAGAUAAAAAGGUUUGGUACUGUAAUUUUGAUCAUGGAUCGAGGGAAGUAGAAUUAAUGGCUAAGAAAGGGGGAGGGUUCUGUAGAGGGGGGUUCUGUAAGUCAAUUCCCAGAAUUUUUUGGAUAAAUUCACACAUCUGGAUAUAGCUUUGAGUGGAUGCCUCCAACUUUUAAGUUUAGGUACAAAAAAAUUAAACAAUCAAAAUCAUUUAUAAUCUAAUUGUAAAAGAAUGAAAAGAAACUGCCAAUCUAGUUAUAUUCAAUUUGCUGCUGACAUCUACCGAAAGAAUCAUAGUUUUUAUUUAUGUACUUAAUGUAGUUAUAGUUUAGUCAGAGUGUAGUAACAAUAAGAAUCAUUGCAAAUCCCUCUACAUAGAUAGGAGCCAGCUUGAUCAAUACAUUGAUCGUGUGCCCUUAAUAUAAAGAAGAAGGAGAAGUAGUCCCAUCACUGAAAAUAAUAAUGAAAUUUAAAAUGAACAUUCCAGUAAGAAAAAAUGUACAUUUUACACAUAAACACACAAACCCCCACUCCAACCCCCCACUCCAACCCCCCUUUUUUUUUCUUCAUAUUUCUGAAAUUCUAAAGCAACCCCUGUCAUUUUUGUCUGGCAAUCUGAGGGGGUUGUAACCCACAGGUUGAGAAUCACUGCCAUAACCCAUAAACAUAACAAAACUGAAACAUGGAGCAGAGCUUUGAUAUAUGUAUUAAUAUCGCUGGUCGCUGGAUGGUCACAGUUUUAGCUUUUCUCAUACCAAGUUCUCAUAUUAUUUUAAUAAAUAUUUAGGGCCUACAUGAUCAUCAUGAAGAUAUUACCCUAGCCUUCCUUCCAUUAAGCCAAUUGCUUCACUUUUUAAAUGAGUGCUCAAUUACAUUUCUAUUAUUGCAAAUCUAUAACAGAACUUAGAAAUGAUCCACAUAGAAACACAAAACUUUGGCUGCUCAGUAUCAUCUGUCAAUCUGCUUGUAAAAUGAAAUAUUAAUUGUUAAUAGAAAGUGCCAUGGUCAUAUCUAAAGAUAUGCUUAUUGCUUAGAGAAAUAAAACACACAAAAUUCACAACAAAUACAUUAUUAUUUUCAGAGCUUUGCAGUUUCUUUUAAAUUACAUUUGGUUUCGCACCAAUCGCUAGUGGGUUGUCUAUUAUUAUUUAUUUAAUUUAGUUUAAAUGUACAAAAAAUUAUUUUAAAAAGUGUUUGGGGAAGCACAUUAUAGAAAAUGAGAAGAUAACGCCCCGUUUAUCCCUCGGUCCGGGUAUAUGCAUUUCCAGGUAUCCGUGUCAGUAUCCGAGUCAACCCUAAUGUAAACUGCUAUGGGGCAUGGGCUACACAAGCUGUAUUUCAGAAUUUACCUUUUUUUAAGCAAAAUAAAUCUUCCUUACAGGACUGAUAAUAUAGUGCUCUAGAAAAUGGAAUGCUGUUUGGAAAGUAAUAUAUAUUCAUAUACAACCCAGAGGGACAUAUUUAGUGUCAUGAAUAGCAUUUAAUACUAGCCAAUGACAGAGUUAUUUAUUUCUACCUUAGACCAACCAGCCUGUGUUUGUCAGGCUUCUACAAGGGGCAUUUCGACUAAUUCGUUGUGAGUGGCUAGAUGGCUCACAGAGGUUUCAUGUCGAGGCAUGUAUUAGGACCCUAUCAGACACAGGUAACAUCACAUUUAUGUUGUUAAAAAGUCAUGAAAAUAGAAUUAGUUUUUCGAACUUGAUGUAUUGAUUGGUUUCUUUUUAGACUUACCAAAGUGACAUUAACAAUUUACCACACUUACUUUAAAAUAUUGCAGUAGCCAUACAGACACUCAAAAUUCCCUGAACAAGAAAAGCAAAAUAAUUUAAUGCCUCUGAAAUAGAUCCUGUAGACAAAGAUUAAUUUUAUAUAGAUAAUAAAGAUACUUGUUAUAGAGAUAAUUUAGAAAACAUGACAAACAAGUUGUGCAUGUAUUACAGAUAAUAUCAAUGACAUUUUAUUAAGGAAUGCAUAUCGUUUAAAUAUUUUUUCAGCCAAGAGCAGAAGCAUUGCUAUCCCAGUAGAUCUGGACAGUCAAGUGAAUGCAUUGUUUGAAAGGGCGAACAUUGUCCAAAAAUCAUCAGCCAGGUGGUUGAAUGUCAGACAAAACCGUCGGGAAUCUCAGGCACAUGCUUCACGAGAUUACAGGAACAUAAUUGAAGGCCUACAGGUUCUUUAAUUGUUACUAAUCACCUCUUCUCUGCUCUGGUAUAUCAUUUAAGAAAGGCAUACAAAUACUUGACAAGAAUUAUUUUAUAAAAAAUGUAAUUUUUUACAAAUUCAAUAUUGUUUAAUUGGAAUUGUCAGCACUUAAGUAGCAAACAUAUUCAUUAACCUUUUAUUCUGCUCUAGAAUAGUUAGAAAUGUUAUAAUCCAAUACAUGUGAUUCUCGUUGUAACCUUCAGGAAAUAGUGGCAACAUUAAACAACCACCUAAAGCCCCUUGUCCAGGCAGAGAUGUCCGUCUUGGUUGAUGUUUUGCACCGGCCAGAAUUGCUUUUUCCACCAUCAACAGAGGCUAGGGAGAAGUGUGAGAGCGGUGGAUUUAUAGCAAGGUAAGGGUGUCAAAGAAUGCUAAUAAUUUUGUUUUUUUGGAGGACAGCAAUACUUGUCUAUAGUCUUAAGUCCUGAGUUAGUUGAAGGGUAACAAGGUAAGUAAUAUGAACCCAACUUAAAUGGUUAGUACGGAAUUUUCCUCUUUUCAUUAAUAAUUAUAUGAUUUUUGGACUGCCAUAUGGUCAAGUAAAUAAAUAGACAUGAUCUAAGCUUAAUUAAAGUGAGAUCAAUACAAAGUAACAUUCUUCUGUCACAAUCUUUCACAAUGUGAAUUAAAUCAUAAUAAAAUAAAUAUAAAUGUAUACAAUUAAGGUUUCUUUUUAGAACAAAUAUUCAGCUCCUAGGACAUUGUUUAAAUUUAUUUGUGAAAAUCAAGAUUUAUGAGUGUGAAAUUGUUUAGAUCUCAUAUGAUCAUUAAAAAACAUGCACAGGAUUUCUUGUUCUGCAGGUUGAUUCGCCAUACAGAGUGUCUGCUUGAAGAGAAAGAGGAGAAACUGUGUAUUAAGGUGUUGCAGACAUUAAAAGACAUGAUGUCUGCCAAUGAAAGUAGAUCAGAGAAGGUGAAUGAUUUUUUUUUUGUUGUAAAGAUUUAUAUCCAAGUAUCUUUUAUUGUGGAAAAAUCCUCUUUUUAAAUUUUUAAUAUAAAAAAAAGUAAAAUUUUCACAGCAUAGUGUUAAAGGAGCUGAGCAUCACAAAGAAUGGAGGCUGCUUCCCCAUUUCUCUACCUGAAUGCCAGAUGGAGCUUUAGCUUUGCACAGUAGACCCAAACUUUGUGCACUUCAUUAUCACAUUGCGACCUUCCUCCCCCCAACACAACUCUUCAACCUCUACACAAUCAUGAUUGCCUUUAUCACUUUUUCAGAUUUAUGUAUUUUAUUAUAUUUCUUCAUAUAUUAGUCAUUGCUUCUCCUUGCCUAUCCCCUUUUCUGAAUUGGCUAAGCAUAAUAUAAUUUCCAACUCAAUUAUAAAUGCUUUUAUGAAAUAACAUGUACAAGGAUUAUUAGCAGAUCAUUUCAUCGAGGAAGAGAUCAUUCAUAUGAAGCAAUUAAGUUUUCUUUGUUUUAAAAAAAUUCAAGCACCAAGAGUGAUAUUCACCAAUUUUGGAAAAAUUUAGAUAUUCAAAGCAUGAAAUUUUAAAGCAACUGCCUUAAUUUACUUGGUUUGGGGCAAUAUAUUAAAUGCAUAUUGAUACAAAUAACUCAAUUAUCAAUGAGAGUGUAAGCCUCUAUCAAUGAUUGCUUCUCUGCGCGCUUCUAUGUGACACCCUCAUAGCACUAACCCAUACUUGCCUUUCUCAUCGGCAAUCAUAAGGUGGAUGUAAAAACACUGACAAAAAAAGAUUUAGAAGAUCACAGACGGGUAAGGCUUCCAUUUUACUGUCAUCUACAUCUGUUGUCUGCUUUUGAAAAGAAUUGCUCAGGUGGCACAUCUCCUUUUAAAGACUUAAUAUAAAACAUUACCGGGUUUCAUACUUGUAUUAAUAAUCUGUUGUUUUUGGGCUUAUAUAAAGAAAUAUAUUUUAUUUUCACUUGUAUUGAUGUUAAAUACUUAUAUUUUUAAAUUUACAAUUUUGGUAAAAAGCAUUGCUCCCCUAUAUGGUUAAUGAACAUUUGUAUUUUGUGCCACCUUUGUCUCUUAUGAUUGUAGUUUCUUAUUUUGAACAUCCCACCCGAUUUACAAUGGCCCUUUACAAUUUUUGAGGUUGAUUUUUUUUAUCUUCCUAUUUUUAGUAAACAAUAGUGCAAUUGUUUUUUUUUUUAUGUUAUGAUUUAAUACAGUUGAGUUGUUUUAUCUUAAGUUACUUUCAGUUUUUUUUAGGGUUGUUCACUGAGAUUUGUUUUACUCCUGAGAAUGAGUAAAAAUAAAAGAAUGGAGUGAAUUGUUCUAAAAUAUAUAAUUUUAAAAUUUUUGAUGUUGUUUUUUUUUAUUUUCUUAUUUUUAGUAAACAAUAGUGCAAUUGUUUUUUUUUUUAUGUUAUGAUUUAAUACAGUUGAGUUGUGUUAUCUUAAGUUACUUUCAGUUUUUUUUAGGGUUGUUCACUGAGAUUGGUCUUACUCCUGAGAAUGAGGAAAAAUAAAGGAAUGGAGUGAAUUGUUCUAAAAUAUAUAACUUUAGCCAAGAAAUAAAAGUAAUAAUAGACUCCUAAAUACUAAAAAAAACAUACAUAUUUUGUGAUAUUUUCUCUAUAACUUGCUUCAAUGAUAAUUUUUAAAAAAAAACUAAACAUUUUGAAACAAUAGGAGCCAGUACUUAUAUCGUAUACUCAUUGUCCCUCAAUAUAAAUGGAAAAUAGUAUGUACAUUUUUUAAUUGUCAUAUAUAUAUUUUUUUAAGAGACAGUAUCAGGAUACUCAAUUAUCACUAAGCAUGGAUGAUUAUAAAAAGAAGCAUUAUUUAUAUUUGAACAUGUGAUGAAUUUACCAUUUAUGUUGGCUUUUUCACUAAUCUAUCUUGCAUCUUGUCGGUACAUUUAUUUUAGACUAAUUUUACGUUAUAGACAUUUUUAUUUGUCAUUGUACCUUAUUAUUUUCAGUGUUAAACAAGCCAACAUAUCAAUAUUUUAAAUUAACUGCUCCAAAUGAGUCAUAUCAGAUUUGAUGACAUUAUCAAUUUUUGCCUGUUAAUACUUGAAAUGUUUAUUUGGUUGUCAGAACUACCUUAAAUCACCUGCUUCACUGAUGUCAUGCUUAAAAUAUUUGAUCAAUUCAACAGAUGCUUAUUAAUCUAAAGAUCAUAUAAUUGCCAUGUAUUUUACUGUGUACAUGAAGGAUCAUUUAUUAAAAAUAAAAUAAACUUUGUUAUCACAGAUGAAAGCUACAGAUGAAAGCUGCAUGUAACGUAAUUAACAAAAUAGAAUAAAUUUUACUAAAUGCAAUUAUAAUUUUGAGUACAUUAAAAAAAAAUGACACCUCAAUGAGAGGGAGGGUGAUGAAUUUGAUAGAAUUAAGUUAAUAAGUUUGAAGGCUCCUACAGAUUACUUUUAACUACAGUAAUUUAAUUUAACAUGAUAACUGACUUUUUGCAUUAAUAAAUUUGCAAUAAUAUUUUUAUAGCUUUUAAUGGUGUAUAUUAUUGGCAAGACUAUGAUCCGGAUUAGCAUUUUCAAAUGUGAAUAGUAAAUAGCAAUAACAUGAAAAGCACACCUGUGUUUGUCACUCCAUAAAGUUACAAAAAGGUGCGUUGACCUUAAAGGCUUCAUUUUAGUACAGUGUGUUCAGUUAUUUUCUCCAACUUUAAACUUCUGUUAUCAUUGAAACCACUGAAGAAAGAUAAUUCCAUUUCCAAACGGUCUGUGUCUGUACCUCAUUGUGUUUGUUGUAAUGUGUCAUCUCUGUGACUGUAGCAUCAUUUUUAAUUUAUAAUUUUGGGAUAUACUUAAUCUGAAUAGAUUUUAUUUAGAGAGAAUGCUUUAAAUUUUCUGGAAUGGUGAUUAAGUUUUAAUAAUAUAACUAAAUUUGUUAUUGUAUAUUCAGAAACUGUGUACAGGUAGAUUGGUAGGCUAGCUUAAUAGCUUAAGGUACUGAGGUACUGAGGUUAAUACAUGUCAGUUCAAUUUACAGGUAACCCCCUCACCCCAUUAUUGAAGAUAGAUAUAUAUUUUUUUUUUUAAAUUGAAACUAAAAUGUAAUUAUUAAAGUUGAAGUGUCAUUCUAAGUAAGCAUGCUUCAAGGGUUUGACAUUUUUAUACAAUAAAUCUGGUUACUGUUCUUUAAAAAUUAGACCCCAUACUUAAUUUCUCUUUUUUUUCUUUCUUUUUCUUUUCUUUCUAUAAUGUCCUGAAAGUUAAAAGACUUUUUUAUAAAUCAACUAAACAUUUAUUUAUAGCUUUUAAAAUUGUCUCCCAUAAUGAUCAUAAUAACUAAUUUUAUAUUGAUUGUUGGAACAGUGUUGGGCUAAAAAUGAUUUAAAAUAAUAAUCACUUUGAAUAAAACAUUACACAUUAGAGAGGUACAUUAUGAUUCAUCCCUGUCAUGUAUCAAUUUGUUUAUGUCAGUCGUGUUUUUGCUGAGGCACAACUUAUAUGACAGUAAUGAUUCAUAAGUCGUGUCAUGGAUAGCUAGAAAGUAUAAUUUUUUCUUCUGUUUUACCAUUUCCACCAUAACAGUGCGAAGCAUUGCGUCAGAGUUUGCUAAUGCGUUACUAUGAUAGGACUCAGCCUCGCAACCGACGAGAGAGCCAGGCAACUGGAGCUAACACUGGCCCAGGCUCUACAAUGAUCAGUCAAGCCAAUAACCUGUCUCUGCAUGAUGUUCAGGUAUGUAACCACUGUGUUCUUUCUCUCUGUUCAACAAUCGCACAUGUGAAAUGAGAGUUGGGAGGCUAAUAUUCAUAUCGGCUACAACUAGGUUUAAAUUUAACCAUCAUCAUCAAUGGCACUACAGCCCAGGUAGGGCCCUGGCCUGCUCCACCACAUCCUUCCAUUCGGAGCGAUCCAUGGCUUUCCGUCUCCAUGCUCGAACCCCCAGCUGGUGUAAAUCUGUGUCCACAUCAUCAAUUCGCCUCAUCAUUGGGCGACCGAUGAGUUGUCUGCCCCUAGGCUUCUGCCUGUAUAUAAUUUUGGCUGCUCUGCAUUCCGGAAUCCUUUCAACAUGACCUGCCCAUCAUAUUCUGCCUUUUUUUAUCAUUGUGACUAUGGGUGGUUCUUUGUACAAAUAGUAAAGUUCUUGGUUUGUACGUAUUCUCCAGAUAUCAUUUUCUAUCACUGGUCCGUAUAUUUUCCUCUCCCAUGUGUUGAUCAGGUUCUCUGCUUUUCUGGUGAGGGUUCAGGUCUCACUAGCGUACGUUACUACAGGUCUUAUGAUGGUGGUGUAUAUUGUCUUCUUUGUUCCCCUUGAUAGGUUUUUUUUCCCAGUAGCUUUUGUUGACUGAAAUAGGAAUGGUUGCCUGCUGUUAUCCUUUCUUUCACCUCUGACAUUAUCUCAUUGUGCUCAUUUAUAGUUGCCCCUAGAUAUUUGAAUGUGGCCACUCUCUCAAAUUUGUGGUUGUUUAUAUUGAUGUUAUUAUCAGCAUGGGAGUUUCUUGACAUUAUCAUAUAUUUUGUCUUUGGUUAAUUUAUGUCAAGGCCAGCCUUGAAUGAGGCAUUUUCAAGUUCCCUGAAUGCUUUAAUUAUGUCAUUACGGUUUCUACCCAGUAGUGCUAUAUCAUCUGCAUAUGCCAGGUACUUCAAUGGUUGGCUAUAUAAGGUUCCUGAUGGUCGUUGCUCUGUAGUAUCUCUCUGGAAAUAGUUUGUAAUGGUUCCACUGGUGCUAAUGUGAAUGCUUCUAAUAACUUUUUCUAGCGUGAUGUUAAACAGGAUACAUGAUAGUGAGUCUCCUUGUCUGAGGCCCAAAUUAACUAUGAACUCCCUAGAAUAUUCUCCCUGAACCUUGAUUCUGCUUUUGGAGUUGGCCAUUGUCAUGUGUAUGAGCCGAGUAAGCUUGUUAGGGACUCCAAGUUCUUGUAAAGUAUUGUAUAAAAGUGAUUCCUGUUUACGCUAUCGUAUGCUGUUUUGUAAUCCACAUAUAGUUGGUGUAUGUCGAUGUUAUAUUCCUAGCAUUUCUCCAGGAGACAUCUUAUAGAAAAAAUAUGAUCCGGGGUUGACCUAUUCUGCCAGAAUCCACAUUGAUAGUCCCCUAGGAUCUGUUCACUAUACUUUUCCAAUUUUCUCGCUAUAAGUUUUGUGAGGAUUUUGUACAUUACAUUAAGAAGAGAGAUACCUCUAUAGUUUGAGCAUAUCAACUUAGAUCCCUUUUUGUGGAUUGGGAUUAUGAGUGCCGUGUCCCAUUCAGUUGGCAUUUCUUCCUCCUGCCAAAUUCUGGUUAUAAGUUUGUGUAUUUGCCUAUGCAGUUCGCUACCACCUAGCUUUAUGAGUUCUGCAGGGAUAAGGUCUAUUCCUGGGGCUUUGUUAUUUUUCAUGGUGGAGAUUACAUCUUUUAUUUCAUUUAAAGUUGGUUGGUUGACCAGUGGGUCCGGUCCUCCUUGUGGCGGGGCGUAAUCCUCAUUGGUUCCUCCACCUGAGGCAUUCAGUAAGCCUUCAAAGUGUUGUGCCCAUCUCUCUAGUACUCUACUGCUCUCUGUGAUCAAUUCUCCAUCCAUGCUUUCACACAUGUGGGAUCUUGCUUGAAAGCCAUUCUUUUCCUGCUUUAUCUUCAGGUACAUUCCCCUCACAUCUCUUUCUUUUGCCAACUCUUCUAUCUCUACUAUUUUUUAUUUUUCCCAAACACGUUUUUUCUUUCUGCAAAUUUUGCUGGCCACCCUUCUUGCUUCAUUAUAUAAUUGUCGUGUUCUUCUUGUUUCCCUUUGCAGCAUCAUUAGCCGAGCUUUGUUUCUUUGUUCUAUAAGUUCUUUGCAUUCUGCGUCAUACCAUCCUGUUCUUUUCACUGCUGGUUUAAAUCCAAUCGUUUCCUCUGUUACACUUGUGACUAUUUGCUUCAUCUUUUCCCAUUGCUGGUUUAUAUCAACGUUGCUGGCUGAUUCUCUUUUGGAUAAUUCUAGUAGAGUUUCAAUCUUCUGUUGAUAUUCCUCAGUAAUUUUUGGGUCCCUACUCAGUUUCUGACUAUUGUACUGUUUUUCUCUUUUAUUUUGUUUAUUGUGGAUGUUACAAAUUCUUUGCUUAUAUUUGAUUCUAACAAGCAUGUGGUCUGAGUCUAUGUCCGCCCCUCUACAACUUUUCACAUCUGAUAUGUCCGAGCCAUGCCUCCGGUCGAUGAGUACGUGGUCUAUUUGAUUACGGGUAAAUCCAUCUGGAGAUAUUCAUGUCCCUUUAUGUAUUUGUUUAUGUUGGAAUACUGUGCUACUGAUUAUCAUUCCUUUUCCCAGAAGCGAAGUCUAUAAGACGUGUCCCGUUGUCAUUGCUCUCAUCAUGCAUACUUUCCUUUCCGAUUGUUGGUCUGUAGACUAGGUCUUUCCCAAUUUUCGCAUUGAGAUCGCUAAGGACUAUUUUGAUAUCAUGUUGUGGAGCCUCAUCAAAACUCUUUCCAGUGUUUCGUAGAAAGUUUCCUUCAUGCUUUCAUCUGCAUCUUUUGUUGGAGCAUGAGUGCAGAUUAACGUGAUGUUAAACAUUUUUCCUCUAAUCCUUAUGGAGCAUAAUCUUUCACUCACUUGUUUAAACCCAGUGACUGCAUUUACUUUCUCUCUUUUGACUGCAAACCCUGUUCCUAAGGUAUUUGUGUUGUUUCCACUGUAGAAUAUUGUAUAUUCCUUUGUAUUUAGGAUAUCUGAGUCUUUCCAUCUAAUCUCCUGUAGUGCCGCAAUCACGAUUCUAUAUCUUAAGUAAUUCCUCACUGAGGCGGGCCAAGGCACCUGCUCUGUAUAAACUGAGUACAUUCCAAGUCGCUAUCCAAAUGUUAUGUGUGUGGUCAGGCAUGAGUCGAAAUCCAUAAAUAUCAGUCCGUUUUUCUGAUUGUGGUUUUACUUUCGUAACAUUAGCUUUUUUACGUGACAGGGUCGUGUUUGGAGGUUUAAAUUUAACCAGAUAAUAUAAAUAUUUAGCACUAGCUCCAUACAAGCUGAUUGAACAUCUGGUAAUCAUACUGAUUAGUUGUGCUGAAAUUUCGAAUAUUGGCUGUUCAUUGUGAUUUCAGAACUUGCAAGGAAUGACUUUUUUAAAAUAAUUUUUGUUUGUAAAAGCUGUCUAUUUCAACAUUUGAAAUAACUAAAAUAAGUAUGGUAUUCUUGUUACUUGAUACUUACAUUUUUACAAAUUUUACGGACAAAUGCUAAAUAAAAGAUAUAUAAUUUUGACAAUAUUUAAAUCAACAGUGUUUCCUUGAUGACAAAGGAGCCUCCAAUCUUGUGAUUGACCUCAUCAUUAAAAACACCAGCAAUAAAGUAUUUCUUGAGACAGUGGAGCUGGGAAUAGCAUUGCUUGAAGGUGGAAAUAGCAAGAUUCAGGUACUUUGGAUAAAACCUUUACAAUGCAGUUAAAGUGGAAAAUAUAAGAUCAAACUAAAAAUUGUAUUGCUUCUCCUUUAUAAAUUUAAAAAAAAAUUAAGUCACACCGUGGGGCAAUCCGUCAACUAUGCACCACCGCAACACCUCCAUGGUAGAAGCGGUAAGAAGAAGGCGUGGAACAAAAAAAUUUGGGGGGACUAAGGCCAAUGAGACCUAAACCUGAAUUAAGCCGAUUUAAUCCACUUUGGUAAUGAAGUCAGGUUCCAAUUCAGAAGGGAGUUAUGAGAACUAUGUCUUCCUGUUCAUUUUUUAUAAUUUAUUAUUUAAUUUUUAUGUUGUUUGCUGUAUACAUUAUGUGAUAAACAAAUUUUUUUUUUAAAUAGCUAAGAGAUCAUAGACUGAACGUUACAGAAAAAGCACCAUUAGAAUAUUCAUUUUUAGCUCCAUGUAAUUAUUUCAGCCUCCCAGCUUUAUUGUUUAACAGUUUGGCUUUAUGUUACAGAACACAUGCAAUCAAUGACUGACCAACCAGCUAUAUUUAAAAACUUAAGAAUGAGACAAUCCUUAAUGAUAGGUACUAAAGUGCCCAUGAACCAUUCCUCAGAUUAUAAGUUGUCAAGUCUUAAAGCCUCAUAGAGAAAAUCAUUUCAUUUUUAAAAUCCAGUACUUUGUUCUGUUCUCAGAAAUCCAUUUUCCAGAGAUUAACCACUGAUAAGGAUGCUGACAUCUUCUUCAAAGUGUUCUUUGAUCGUAUAAGAGAUGCUCAGGCUGAGAUACGCAACACUGUCACUGUCAACACAUCUGACACAGAGCACCGGCCACACAGAGAUGAGGAGAAGAAGAAAAGAGGUAAGACCUAGCAAAUCAAUAUAAGUUUGUUGCAACUUUUUCUGGUUUGAUGUUUGAUCUUACAUUGUAAACAGUAGAAUUUUGUUGUGCUUCCUUGGUGUGUCAUAUUGAGCAUUGUAAUUAUUGACAUUUAUUCUUGCCAAUUAAUAAGUUAAUUGUGAUAUUUUUGUUAAAAAUUUAAAAUAUCAAAUUAGGCAAAAUAAUUUUUUAUUUGAGUUGGGGAGCGGCAUUUUUUGGCUAUUUGACUGUUUAGCUAUGCAUGCAGGGAAGGAAAAUAUGUAAGAGAAGUGUGUGCUUUAUAUAUGGUACUGAUUUUUCUAACCAUUUUUGGCAUGCAUGAUAAAAACUCAACCAAAGCACCUAAUAUAAUAACUCUCAGAAUGGAGACACCCUCUAAUGUAACAUGUUGAAAAAAAUACAUUUCAGGUAUUAUUUCCAUUCAUUUGUAAAAGAAUAAUUUUUAAAAAUUACCCACCUUCAAAAAUAGAGACGGGCUUUAUAAAAUGUAGUCUUAAACCAUAAUCUAUUCUUAAACCAUAAUCUAUUCUGACAAUGUUUUAAUAAAAGAGAAAUAUAAGACAGCAGUUCUGCAACAUUCUGGAUUAAUAAAAACUUAAGUGCAUCUAAUUUUUAAAAAUAUGCUCUUAUUAUUGAGGAUCUAACUUGAAGCCAUUUUUAAAUUAUAUAUAGCAGUGUGUUUAGUCAUUUCUAUUAUAAGAGAGCUGUUGCACUCAAAAGAGAAAAAAAAGUUUGGUUCAUUUAGUACCUAGUAAUUGAAUUGUUGUGGUUUGGGGUGGGAUCCCAUUUUGUUUAAAUAUUUUUGACACAUUUUGAAAUUAUGUUACGUUUCAUUAUCUUGCAAUCAAUAUUAUUUUGAUGUUUAAUUUUGCAUACAAAGAAAAUGUGUGGCAUGAUGCAUAAAAAAAAUUUGAGAGCUUUAUAAAAUAAGUUUUAUUUCAUUGAAAAGCAUUUUUAUCUUUAUGCUACUAGAUUUUCUUAGAAUCUGUAUUUUUGUCCUAAAGUUCAGCUCUUGGGUGGGUUUUACCCUGUAGCUCACCAACUGAAUGAAUUCCCACUGAAAACCAAUGAUGGCUUGCACAAAAUAUUAAUUAUCAUCUUUUGUGUGUGUGUAUCUAACUUUUUACUCAUACUAAUUUCAGUUUUUUUACCUUAAAAACUUUCAAUAAAAGUUCACUCUAUAUCAAUCAAAUAAAUGUUCACUAUAAAAAAAAUUUAAAUGAAGAAAAAACCAACGUGCCGGGUUAUCCCCAGAUUCCAUAACAUCUUUAGACAAUUUACCGUCCCAGUUUCGGGAUAUCCAAGAAGGUAAGCGGCCGGCUCAUGCUAAAUCUUCAGCUUGUUUCAUCAUUGUAGUACACAGUUGUUCUUCUUUUCAUGAGUCUAUCAAUUAGACGUAUUGCUUGCCAUUAGGUUUUGUAGAUCAUUUAGCUGGCUUUGUGUGAUUUAACUUACCAGACCCAAAUAUUGGGACAAAUCACUCUGGGUACAAAAUAUUGGUCACCAUUUGCAAUAAAAUCUUCAUCUCAUGAUCCAAAUACAUCUAACAAUCCAGAAACAUUUUUAAAAGUGGAAGUGGGGGCGAUGUGGAGGGGAUAUCUUUUUGAUAUACGUAGAGUUGGUACAAGUAAAACUAUUUAAGGGGGUGACAAAAGCAUGGUUCUAAGCUAACGUACUUGCUUUGGGUAAGCCGAUGAAGAAUUAAAAAAGAAUGAAUUACAUAUAAUCUACACAAUUACCAGGUCAUUAAUAAUGAGAAGCUCUAGUUCUUAUUUUAUGCUGUUUAAGAAGCACGGUUACAAUUUCAAUGUUUUUUGACAUACAUGUGACAAAGGGAACAAAACUCAAAUAUUUACAAUGUUACUCAAAACGAACUGCCUAAAUCUACUCUUGGCUGACAUUUGCUCUAAUUAUGUAACUUAAAGCUUUAGUAUAAUGUACAGAAAGGGUGCAGUAAAUUAAGUUUUAUAUCUUAAUAUUUAUUUGGGAAACAAAACAUUAUCGAUUAACAUUAUUACUCAGUUAAAUAGGCAGCAACAUGCCAUCAUUAGUUUAGUUAGGCACCGUAAUAAAGUACUCAUUUUUAACAUUUUUUCCUCUAUUCUUUUAAAUGCCUCUAACUUUGUUAAAAAUAACAUUGUUGUUUACCAUAGCUAUACAAAUGCUUAUUAACAUAAAGAAAACAUGAGUUAGCUAAAAAUCAUAAGUGCUUUUACAUUUUUAUGAUUUAGCUUUUUUUUUUUCCAGCUUUUUUUUGAAAAAAUAAGAUCACCAAAUUUACCCAAACUAGUUCUUGAAAUUUUUAACAACCUCAAAAAAAUUUCUUAUUGAUUGUUAUGAACGGUCUGCUUAUUAUGUAUGACAUCAAUUGAACAAUAUUAGUAUAGCUUGAUGUAAUUUUCCUUAACUCUUCUUUAGUCCAUGAAACUCAAAGAUGGCCAUUUUAAGCUGAUUAAAAAUAAAUCUAUAAAUCUGGUUCUAAUUUGGGUUUGACUAAAGAGAUAAUAGAGUAAAGAUAAUGAUCAUAUUCAUGAUAGGAAAAGAGACAGCAAAUUCGUUUAGCCCACUGUUUUUAUUUCAAUCAUUGUCUUUAGACAUUGUCUGUUUUUCUGUAUUUACUUUUCAACAGAGCCAAGGAGAGAAUGUCUAAGAGUUUUCAUGUUUACUUUUCAGGUUGAUAAAAAAAAAAAUUAAAAAAUUGUCUUCUCAUUUCAUGUUAAGUCUUUUAAAUAAAACAAAAUUUAAAAUCAUAGUCUAAUAUAAUAAAAUUGUUGCAUUUUUUAAUCAACACCCUAUUAUAUCAAGCAUACAUUUCAAGCAAUUUUGUUCACUUUAUUUACUUUGGCUAAAUGAUAUAUCUACUCACUUGCGUUAUUUUAUGCACGAUUUAUAUUUAGCCAUUUAGAAUACUACAGGCCACGUAUAGGCUUUAUACAAUAUGCAAUAUCACCGACAAAUAUUAUUGCUCAUAGUCACCAUGGUUUCACAAUAUUUAAUAACUUCAAGAACUUAGGCCAAUAUGAAGUGUUAAUUUAAAUUUUGUGAAGUUUUAUAAUUUAAAUGCAUUAUAAUUUUUGUUUAACUAUAUUUUUAUAGAAAGGUCAAAAUUGAGUUAACAUCAAGAUGAUAUGGACACUUUUAUGAAAUUUUAUGGGUGGUGUUACAAGUUAGCAUUGAGACAUAAUGUGAACAAUUUAAUUUGUAAAAUCUUGUUUUAAAAAGAGUCUGCUGCUGAUCAAGUGUUCAGAUUUUUAAAAAAUUAAACUUGUUUAACAACUGUAUUUCAGGGGUGUGCAAACUAUGGCCCACGUCCAUGCCGCCUGGCAACUAAUAUAUUAUGCAGCCCUCGAAGGCAUUUAGAAAUAAAAAAAUUACCUUGUUUUUAAGUUAUUUUGUUGAAUUUUACAGAAUUUCAUGUACCGUUAUGAUCAAAUUUCUUUCUAAUUUUCUAAUAUUUUUUUUAGACAGUCCUUGACUUUAGUCAUGUAAUGCGAAAAUGCGAUUUUAAUAUAGAGAAAUAUUUUUCAACAUGUAAAAAUUGGACAUAAGAUAUAUGUGGCUCCCCCAUAGUUUUACAUUUGCCAAUGUGGCCCUCUGCACAAAUAGUUUGCCCACCCCUGGUGUAUUUUUAACUUUUGAAUGUUUAAUAUUUAGAAGAUUCCAUAGCAUUAUCCACCAUUUUCAACAUUUAGGGACAAAAUGCUAUUAAGUUGCCGUUAAAUGCUUUUUGCAUGAGAAACUAUUUAUAUUUAGUAUAAUAAAGGUAGCACCUCUUUUAAGCAUCUUUACAGAAAUUAUCCAAAUCCAAUCUGUUCAAAAAUCAGUGUAAAUGCUUUUUUGUAAUCUGAUAGAUUCAUUGUGUCUAACUAUAGGGAUUACUAAGCCUUCAUCCAUUUUAUAUUUCCUUAGUGCACAGAUCAGAUGCUCCAGUCAAUGAUGAUCUAAGGAAUGAGUUUGAUGAUGCUGCCAGCCAGACGAACAAAGCUUUUGGCCACGUACGCCAGGUCCAUGGUAGGACUGGAGGGGAAGGAACUCAGGGAGAGCAUGAGGAAGGAGGAGAGGCAAGAUCAUUUACUUUGAACUUACCAGAACUUUAAAUGUAACUUGUGGUUUGGGGAGCAUGAAUUUUUUCAUUAGGGCAAGCAUGACUUGCUCAGUCUCUGUAUUGGUGAAAUACAAAAUGUAAUUCAUCAAAAGCACAUACUAUGGCCUAGUGCUAGUGCAUUUAUCACAUUUUAAUACAAUCCUAUAAAAAAAGUGGCAUCCUAACUAUUUUUCCCACCCUCCCUCUUGUAUGGUUUUUGAUCAUGAAAUAAUAAAUCUGAGAUUGUAAUUUUAGUUUUGUUUUUAUACGUAUAUACUGAGGUUACACUUAUCCAAAAUCUUAGCUUUUUCAGGAAAUGGGAUAUAAUGUUGAACAUGUGAAGAAUCAGAAUUUUUGAAAAAAUUUGAUAUAAAAUAUAGUUACUGUUGACAUACUCUAGUUAACAAGAAGGAAACAUUUACAAUGAUCUUAUGUCUUUACCGGUCUUAAUUAUACAAGAUAAUUUCAUUGUCCAGAAUCGUGGCCACCCACAGCAAUCUACUGAAGAAAGUGAGCGUCCUAAACAUGAAGGGUCAGAUGACAAGAAAAUGUCCCAGCAAAUAGCCAUCAUGAAACCAAUUCUCAGGUUUUUGCAGCUGCUCUGUGAGAAUCACAACAGAGAUUUACAGGUAAGCUCUUUGCCAGUCUGAGCUUGAUUGAGAAGAUAUUGUGUACCUUGGUCUUAGAUUUAAUAUUGAUUGCAUCUGUAUGGUUAGAUUGGGUCUUUUUCAAAUUUUGUUUGUUUUUUAAAAUGGUACAUUAUAGGUCAUUCAAUUUCCCCUGGAUGAAGUAUAAGAGGAUAUUUGAUGCAUUGACUUUUUCAUGUAUUAUUUCUAAGUACUUGAAUUUUUGUCACUCAUUCCAGUUAUAUCAUAGUCUUAUAUUCAUCUUUUUGUAAUAUAUAUCUAAUUUAUUUAUUGUAUGAGUUUUAUUUCUUAUUUAUUCAAUUUUUGUUCCUUUUAGAACUACUUAAGAACUCAGCCCAACUGUAAAAGUCCCCAAAACCUGGUCUGUGAAACCCUCCAGUUCCUAGACUGCAUCUGUGGCAGUACCACUGGUGGCCUGGGACUUCUGGGCCUGUACAUCAAUGAACACAAUGUGGACCUCAUCAACCAGGCUCUGACCACACUCACAGAAUACUGCCAGGGACCAUGUCAUGAGAACCAGGUAACACACCCAUUGAAAAUGUGUUUAAAACAAUUUCUGAAUGUUUUAAAUAAUUGUGAUUUGAGUAUGUGCUCAAAGUCAUUCCUUGGAUCAUCAUUGACUGGAGCAUCUGAUCUGUUCACUAAGGAAAGAUAAAAUGGAUUAAUUUUUACUAAUCACUAUAGAUACACACACAAUGAAAUCUAUCUGCAUUUGAAACCAGGAAAUAAGGCAAAUGGUUUGUUCCAUCUCAAUCAGAUAGUGUAUGGCCCAACAACAAAUUAAUUGGUUUUGCCGCACGGUCAAAAUGCAAGUCAGCCAACCUGCAUUGCAACCAUAUAAUAGCAGACAUUCUGGUUUCAGGGCCAGAGGAAGACCAUGCCAUCUGUGUAUUGACUCUGUUAAGUGGAAAGUAGAAGAAGUACAUGCUCCUUAAGGAUUAAUAUGUAAUUAUUUAUUUUUACUGUGUGAUUUAAAACUGCAUUUUAUUAUUUGCUUAUUUUUAGAAUGCCAUAGCCAUGCAUGAGAGCAAUGGCAUUGACAUCAUUGUGGCCCUGCUCUUGAUUGAAAUAAAGUCUCUGGGCAAGAAUCGUAUUGAUUUAGUCUUGGAACUGAAGGUCAGUACAGAAUCUGCUCAUGGAAUGCAGUAUUAACAAUUUUCUAUGCAUGUCACAUAUGUUAAUGAGUGCCAGUAAAUUAUUUUAGUUUAAAGUCUUAUCAUAAGAUGAGUUUAAUUGAAGUAAAGAAUUUAUUGUUAGGAUCUAAUUGAACUUAUCACCAAAUUCAUUUCAUAAUAUUCCUUAACUCUUUAAACAUAAAGUUUUACUGAAUUAAAGGGCAUAUGAUUUAAUUUUAUUGUGUGAAGCUAAUGCUGCCUUAUAUUAUUACCAUCGUCAUUUAGAAAUUUUCUCAUUUACACCUUUAUAAUCCCAGAUCAAUAGUUAAAAAUUUGUUAAUGCAGUUUAGUUUUCUGUUGUUUUUUCUUUCUUUUUCUGUGAUUAAAAUUCAUUCAGAUUUAUAUCUACCACAUCCACCUCCUAAGAAAGGUGCAUUUUAGAUAAUCCUUUGAAUUACCCAUAUCUACUCCCAAUCAGAACAACGCCUCUAAGUUACUGCUAGCCAUCAUGGAGAGCCGUCAUGACAGUGAAAAUGCUGAAAGGAUUCUGAGCAACAUGAGAACCAAGCAAUUGGUGAGUCCAUUGUUUUCUGUUACAUAGCCUGAAAAUAAUCUUUGGAUAGGUUUUAAAUUUUCAUUGUGUUCUAAUUCAAUUAUUUAUAUAUUCAAGACAUCCCAUCCAUGGCUCUUUUUUUUUAUUUUUCAAUUUCUUUUCACAUUGUUGAAAUAUUAAUUUUUAAAGCUCUUUUUUAUAAUUGACUUAGCCAAUUUGUUAUCUCACGAUAUGCCAGGGGUCGGCGAACUGUUUGAGCCAUUAACCAAAAUAAUUUUUUUUACACCAACGUUACACCCCCCCCGAUUAAAAUGGAAGAAAAUCAUAGACUAUUUCAAUUCAAAAUGGUUUAUCAAAUAUAUUAGCAUGGAAAAUACAAUUAUAAAUAUUAAAGUACAAAAUAAAUUUGAUGAAAAAAUUUAAUAAAAUCCUUCAUAUGGAAUAAAAGGAUUUCUUUGAAAAAAUGUUCACCUCACAGGAGGAUGACACCAAAUGCAAAUUAGUAAAUUUGACAGAGCUCAAUCAAUUCAGAUUCACACACAUCAAACUAAGAUAAAAUAGGCAAUGAGGAAAAAAUUACAUAUACAAGAUGAGUCACUAGAAACAACAAGUUAUUGUGUGUGUUUGGCUAUUACACAAGCCAGAUGCAGUAUUGACAGGAAAAAAAUAUUUCUUUUAAAAGACCUGCUUUAAAUAUAAUUUUAUAUUGAGCCCUAGAUGCCCCCAAGAUUUUCAUUUUUACCCCAUCUGGGGUAAUUUACCCCAGUUUGCCGACCACUGCGCUAUGCACAUACGCACUUUAUUUUGUCAAACAAUAGUCCAUUUAGUUAACCCAUUUUUGGCCUUGCCUACCCUAACAGGUGGAAUCAAUUCAGCAGGUUUUUCAGCAGGCCAUAGCCCUGGGUCACAUAGUGGCUGACAAUAUCCCCCAACCUGAAGAGGUUUAUAUAGCACUCGUGGCAUUUAUUUCAUGUCUUUUCAAUUUUUUUUUUACAAAGCAGUGUUUUAUGUUCAACCUGAUAAUUGUUUUUCUUUUAGCAAAUUUCCACUUUUUAGGGCUGUUUAAGUGUUUUUAAAAAAUGGUGUUAUUUUCUUUUCUUCUUGGCAGUGACUUCACAUUUUUUUUUCAUCUCUUAAAAUUAUUCCUAGUUAUUUUUGUGUCUGAUUUUUUUUAUUUUCAAGUGUAUGUUGUCCUGAUAAAAUAAAAUAAUUUAUUUUUUAAAAGUUUUUCUCUACCUUACCUUCUUAGAAAAGUUCUUUUUUUUUUUUUUUUUGAAAAUCUUUUUUUCAGGAUUUUUUAAAAAUUUUAUUUUUGAGGAUUUUCAAUUUGAAUAUAUUAAAAAGAUUUCCCACAUUAUUUUUUUUUUUUUUUUUUUUUUUUUUUUUUUUUUUUUUUUUUUUUUUUUUUUAAAAAAUAAUUUUUUUUUUUUUUUUUUUUUUUUUUUUUUUUUUUUUUUUUUUAAAAUUUUUUUUUUUUUUUUUUUUUGAAAAUCUAUUUGUCAGGAUUGUUGAAAAAUUGUAUGUGUGAGGAUUUUCAAUUUGAAUAUAUUAAACAGAUUUCCCACAUUAUUUUAUUCGGCUAUCUUGUGACAAGUAUCACGUUCACCUAUCCCUAUCAACUUCAAUAUGUUAAAAUUAUUUUUUUUAAAUAUUCCCUAUUCUUUUAUAUUUCAUUAGGCUUUUUUUAUAGAAAAAUUAUAUUACAAAGCAUAUUUUUCUAAACUGGAAAGAAUGCAAAAAGCCUUACUAAAACAAUUAAUUUAUUGGUGUAAAGUAAGAAAUUUAUAAAGCGUAUUUGUUGUUUUGUGUUUAGUUGUCUUAAAGGUCUACAUUGACUAUCACAACAUAAUAUGUAAAAUCUAAGGAAACCCUUUAAUACAUUAUAAUGUAUAGAACAGUAUUUUUCCAAGGUUUGAUGUGCAAUUUAUUUUUAAAACUCAUUGUAAACAAGUAUCCUACUUAAUCAAGGAUGAAACCCCAGUGUUUUAGAUAAUCACUUCCACGAAUUCCACUGUAGAAACAUAUUUAAAUUAUUGUUAUUGAAGGAAACAGUUGAAUUAGCUCUCUCAUUGUUCCCUUGUCGGCAAAUUAGGUGUUGUUGUAACUAUGGUGUUAAACAGUUGCUGAGACUUGGCUGUUACGUGACUACUGUUUGAUAGGAUUAAAAUAUGUUGACAGUAAUUAAUUAUUUUUUAACAAGAUCCAUAAUACAAUCCCCCAUUGUUGGACGGGACAAGUAGAAAUGAUGAAUGUAUUCAAGUUUAUACAAGUCAACAUCAUUGGUUAUUAAUCGCAUUGAACAAGAGACCUGGCUCAUCUAGUAGUUCAAGAGUCACACAGUUAUGGAUUAUAUCAUAAAGUUUGUGCAUAACUCUGUAGAUAUUUCAUUUAAUGGUGUGUAACUUAAACUAAACAACUGUUCCAUAUAUGUUAAGGUUAGGUUUGUUGUUAUACUUUAAUUGUAUUAUUUUUUAAAAAAAUAAUAGUUAAUUUGUUUGAUCAAUCUCCCCUUUUGUAAAAAAAAAAAUCUUAGUGAAGCCAUGACACAAAUGUUUAAAACACACAGUGAAGCAAUAGCAUUGUUUAAAUUAUGCAGUGAAGCAAUGACACUGUUUAAAACACACAACGAAGCAAUGUCACAAAUCACUGAAGCAGUGACACAAAUGUUUCAAACACACAGUGAAGCAAUGAUACUGUGAUGCAAUGACACAAGUGUUUAAAACACACAGUGAAGUUAUGUCACUAAUCUUUUUAAAAUUUAAAUAUUUAAGUGAGGUAAGCUAAAAUGAGUGGAGGUAAUUUUCUUAUUGUGUAUAAAUAUGCUGUCUCUCCAUUUUGUGGCUCAAGCUAUAGCUGUUAAUUUUUCAUUGUUUUAAAUGGGUUGUUGUGAUGAUAAAAUUGUCUUAAUACCUAUCUGAACAAGUGUUUAGAUGUUUAAUCAAAAGGCACUUAUAUUUUUCUGCAUAUAGUUUUUAGGAGUUUCUGCACAGAGAUUUUGCAUGUUUCAAAUUUUUUUUUUUUUUUUUUUUUUUGUUUUUUAGAUCAAAGAUGUAUUCUUUACAAAUGCAAAGGUAUAAAAAGCCUAAUUUUUUCAAAUUUUUUUUUUUUUUUUUUUUUUUUGCUAUUGAGAUCAAAGAUGCAUGCAUUACAAAUGCAAAGGUAUAAAAAGCCUAAGCCUAAUUAUUGACUUCAUCUCCUAAGGAGUUUUAACAAAUCAGUUUAGUUUAUCAUGUGGUACUGUUUGGUCAAACCUUGUCCUGCACCAUGGGGGAAGUUCUUUAAGAUCAUCAUAUCAUGUGGACAAAGUUGAUAUUUAUAAUUCUUCCCCAUUUAUGAUGCUAGGAACUAUUUUUAUUGACCAUUGUAACCAUUUUUGUAAUCUCAUUAAUUUUUUCCCCGUCAUACCAUAUUAUUGUGUAUUUAUAUGCUUGUAUGUUCUCAAUGGAUACAGAUGGACAUAGCCAUACAAGCCUUCCACUCUGAGGACCCAGGCAAAGAUGAGGCUGCACGUUAUGACAUAGAUGAUGAGGAUGAUGGGAUAGAGGAGAACAACACGUCACCUAAAGCUGUGGGCCACAACAUUUAUAUCCUUGCCCAUCAGGUCAGAGUUGCUAGCAGAAAUGAUAAUUUGAGUUAAUAAAACUAAACAAUUUAGCAACAAAAAUGUUAGUGUGCAAAAGUUACUAUAUUACAAAAUUAAAUUUUAAGCGACUUGACACUAAAAACUAAAGAAUUAAACUUCAAGAAAUAUUUUUCAGUAUUUAUGUAUUAUAGGUAAUUUAUUGAUAAUGAACACAGAAUUUCUCAACAUUUCCAGUUGAGCUAGCUCCCUUUUCUUGCAGUAUGGGGCUAAAGCUUGCUUAUUACAUUAAUAAACUUAUUCUUGAACCAAAUAUGAGGAUCAAACUUUUUCAGCUGUCCUAAUAUUGUAACAUAUGAAAAGGGCAUGCUUUAACUACUACAUGCACAGCUAAAGGGAUAUCAUAACUGAUUAGGGAACAAUAUAUCAAGAUAUUUUUGUUUCCUGCAGCUUUCACAGCACAACAAGGAGUUGUCUGAUUUGUUAAGACCUGGAGGAUAUGACUUGUUUGGAGACCAAGCUCUGGAAUAUUAUCAUAAACACACAGCACAGAUUGAGGUAUCACAUUUAAAAAAAAAAAAUUAGUGUUUUCAAGGUGGUUCUUAUGAUAUAUUUUUUGUACAAAAAAAUAAAUUUAUCAACAAAUUAAUAUGUGUGCAUUGAUAAUAUAUAUAUAUAUAUAUUUCCUUAUAUAUACAGACUACAUAACCUUGUCUUAUGAUAAACACAAAUUACGUGAACACUAUUUUACCAUAAUGGGUAAGCAGAUGAACUAAUAAAAUAAAGAAUGUGAGUAUAGGAAGCAACUGUUUGGUAGUCAUGUGAAUAUUUAAGACCAUGUGAUCAUAGUAAUCAACUGUUUGGAAGUUAUGUGAUCAUAGGAAUCAACCAUUUGGUAAUCAUGUGAAUAUUUAAGACCAUGUGAUCAUAGGAAUCAACUAUUUGGUAGUUAUGUGAUCAUAGGAAUCAACCAUUUGGUAAUCAUGUGAAUAUUUAAGACCAUGGUAUCAUAGGAAUCAACUGUUUGGAAGUCAUCUGAUUAACGGAAUCAACUGUUUGGUAGCUAUUUGAAUAUAUUUGAAGUUUGAAACCAUGCAAGUUAUGCUAUGCCUCAUUAUACAUGAUUGGAAAAAAACUUUAUAUUACUUUAGAUCGUCCGCCAGGACCGCACUAUGGAAAGAAUAGUUUUUCCGAUUCCUGAGAUCUGCGAGUACCUGACCAAAGAGACAAAACUCAAUGUGUUCAAAAGAGCAGAAAGAGACGAGCAAGGCAGCAAAGUGGCCGACUUCUUUAGUAGGCACAAUGAGAUGUUCAGUGAGAUGAAAUGGCAGAAGAAACUCAGAAGUAAGUCUAUCUGAUGUUUAGAAACAACUGCACCUUACCGGUGACAAGUAUCAAAUCAUGGUAACACAAUGCCAGUUAUAAGAACUUUUUGAUGAAGUUUUAAGGGUGUGUUGGUGUCACACACUAAUUUUCUGCAAUUUUAUUUAUAAGCCAACACCUAUUUCAUCUUAACUUCGAAUUUUCACAGCAUGUUAACGAAAUCUUUGACUCUUGAAUUUCAUGAUAAAUGCUAUAUGAAAAAUAAUGAGGAUAUCCUGCACCUUGUUUCCAUUCCUAAACUAAAAUUUAAGUUAUCAAUAUUAAUUCUUUGUUUUUAAGGUUUUAUAUUUUAUUCAAAUUUAAUUUUAAAAAAUUUAAAAAGUUUCUGUAAAGGUUCCUUGCUCAUAACUUUUAAACCACUUAACUAUAAAUAAUUUUCACUCUAUUGACAAGUUAAUACUGUCAUAACAUAUUGAUAUAACCGCAUUCAUUGUCUUUUUUUCAGUGCAACCUGUAAUGUUUUGGUUCAGCAGUCAUAUGGGCCUGUGGAACAGCAUUUCAUUUAGUUGUGCUGUUAUCAUCAAUCUCCUGGUUGCCAUAUUUUAUCCCUAUAACACUCUGGAUUUCCGUAAGUUGAAAUUUUUGUAGCGUUAAAACUUAUCCUGCUAAGGUAAUUUAAAAAAGGAAAUGAGUAAAACAAAGUAUGGUCAAACCUGAAAAAAGGAAUGCAACAAAAUUUCCUUUUUUGCUAACCCAAUUGCAGUCUCUCCCGUUAUUACCAUACGGUAAUUAAAAUAAAGUGUUCAUGGAAAAUGAAAUCCCCAUUAACUUGCUGCAAAUUAUUAACAUAAUUCAUAAUUAAUAAAAUUCACCUUUUUUUAAAAUUCUAUUUAGUAAGUUAUAUAAUAUUAAGGCAAAAAAUAUCUGACAUAUAAACUUGACUUUUAGAUUCUGUUGGCGUACGAUUCAAUGGCCUUCUAUGGGGAGCUGUCAUGAUCUGCACAGCUGUAGUUGUCUUCUUUCCUCACCCCAUGGGUUUUAAAACAUUGCUUGCCUCCAUCAUAUUAAGAUUUGUCUGCACAUUUGGACUCAGGAUCACACUGUUUCUAUUGGGUUUGAUAAAUGUAAGUUACAAAUUGUACAAGGUUUAGGUGGUAGCAAGACCAUUGGUUUUAUCCUUAAAUUGAGAGGGUAUAUAAAAUCUAUGGUCAUCAAUUUUAUAUUCAUAUGGAAUUAUUUUAUUUUAGCUAACUUUUUUAAUAUCUUAAUCAGUGAAGUAUUGGCUUCUGGAAUUUCUAUAUAUUUGAGUAUUAGUUUUAUAAGUUUUAUGACCUUGCUCUGAGUAAUGCUAAUAAGGAUACAAACUUUCUUUAAAACUUUUUAAAAAUAAAAAAAAAAAAUUAUUUUCACUUCUACAAAAAUGAGUAUUUUAUUAGAUCUAAUUCCUUUUUUUUUCAUUAGCUCCUCAACAAAUUUGUAUUCAUGGUCAGCCUGUUGGGCAAUAGAGGAGUCCUUAUAAAACCAGUCAAUGAGAUCCUCUCAGACUUUGAGAUGGUUUAUCAUAUUGGCUACUUUAUACUCUGUGCUCUGGGAUUUUUCUUUCAUGAAUUUUUCUUUAGCCUUCUGGUAAGUUUUUAGUUACAAUUUUAACCUGUUAACUCAAUGAUGUUUUGUAUGAGAGAACAAUUAAAUUUGAAUUUUUUUUUUUUUUAAUUUUUUUUUUGUGUCUGCCUAAACCAAACCAAAAGUUAAAAAUGAAUCUCGGCUGAAACCAAAAGCUUAACUAGAGUUUUAGAUAUUUUGAAACUCGUUUGCGUACACAUUCUGCUGACGUUGAAAAAAAUGAAUACCUCUGCUUUUAUCAUUUGCAUUAAAAAUAAUUUAAAGUUUGCAAUGUAUUUUAAGAGAAAACUUUGACUUUAGGGUAAAAAUUCAUGCAAAAUAUACCCUUGGGACCCUUUGCUAUUAUAAUAAAAUUACAAAGCUACCUAAACAUAUUUGAUAUCGAUGGUAUUGGCCACUAAAAAGUCAAGGCUUAAGCCUUGAAGGAACUCUUUGUUCCACUAACCAAUACAUUUUAUUGAAACAUAUGUCCUUAUUGCUCGAAAUUUAAAUUUUUCGUUAAUCCGCCAUUAUCAUUGGUUGGAUAAUUUUAAAUUUGACUGAGAUGGAAGAAAAGUUGAGCGAAUGUUGAGCUAAGAUUAUAAUGAUAAUACAGUAGACCUACUAAAUAAUUAUUAAACAUAACAUUGAUACAUGCACAUGUGUGCAACUUUAUGAUUUAAAGACUAGUUAAUGCCCAAUUAUACAAAAUUGAAGUAAAUAAUUAUAUUGUCAAUGACAACAUUUAUGAGCAUGAUAAGGAUGAAUGUCAAUGAAAUGAAUAAGCCUAGGGUUCCCUCAUUUUUUUAUUUUUUUUAAGUUUUAGAUAAAAUAAUAAAGGAAAUGUUACCAUUCCCUUAGAAUGUUUUUUCCUCAAACUAUUUACAUUUUCCAAAGCCUAAUUUUAAUUUUAUUUUUGGAAAUAUUGGACAAAUAAGUCAUCAUGCAGCUGUGAAGAGCAUUAGUCAUAUAUAAUACCAACAGCAAGACGUCGAGCAAUAAUAAUUAUCAGAUUGUCGGUUCACAGAUGGACAGGGAGAGAGUGUGACUUCUGGUUGAGAACCAAAUGGUUAAAUCACUUUUGGCAGAAACCAAAAGUGAACUUUUCUGAUUUGUCCGAGCGACUACGCUGAAAAUGAUCAUAUGGCAGCUUUCGGCGCCAAAACCAAAACUUGGCCUCUUUUUUAUAAUAUAUAAACUAAUUCAAGGUGUUAAUGUUAAAAUUUUAAGCGUAAAAAUGUUAAAAUUUUAAGUGUAUUUAUGAUAAAGUCUGAAUGAUUAAUUUGAAGUUUUCAAUAUUUUUAGUUGUAUUUUUUAAAAUUCUAGUCUAUUUAUUUUAUAGUUUUAAAAAAUGUUCAGUAAAUACCUAUUCAUUACAUCAAUCGCAAAUGUAUUUUAAACAAAUAAAGUUUGUAUUGUAGGUUGUACAUGAUGAGGAUUAGUUAAUAUAUACUUUUUGCUAAAUAUAGUAAUAUCUGAAAAUGUAACCUGUGUCAAUACUUUCCACUGCAUCAAACCAUAAAAAAAAAUAUUGAUAUCAGCCUGUUGAAGUAACUGUAGCUAAUUGUGAGGAGUUUAAAAUUUCAGAAAUUUUAAAAUUGAAUAACUCACAUAAAUUUAUUUAUUGUUUGACAGCUCUUGGACGUUGUAUACAGAGAAGAGACACUACUUAAUGUUAUCAAGUCAGUAACAAGAAAUGGGAGGUCCAUCUUGUUGACCACUGUCUUGGCUGUGAUACUUAUUUAUCUAUUCUCUAUCAUUGGAUUCAUCUCCUUCCAAGAUGACUUUUUGAUGGAAGUUGAGCCACAGUCAGUUGCAAGGAUAGCACUGGAUGAUAAACCUCAAGGUACUUCGCCUGGCUUCAGGGUCUUGAGGAAACUAGUGUUGUAUUAUUUUAUUUGUUCAGACAAUAAAUUUACUAGCAAAAUGUUAAACAAUAAAGCAAAAAUCAACUAAGAAACACAUUUUUUUUAAAGCUGUAGGUUUACCAGAUAAUUGUUAAUCAUAUUUUUUUGUUUUUAAAUUUGAGUUUUGUGAUUUCAUUAUGUUGUAACAGUCAAUUCCACAAGUUGCCCUGCAGAUGGUGUCAACUGUACAGAAGCAGAGGAAUCCUAUAUUUCACAGAUCUUUCAAACUGACUGUAGGUGGCUUUUUUUGUGUACUUGAAAUUUAAUGUUUUAGUGCAGUACUUUCCAAACUUAGUGUUUGGACACAUUAGUGUGUAGCCUGCAGGGUUUAGGUGUGUCAUAAAAUAACACAUGUUAUUGUUUGAAGCAUUGCUUAGACUUUCAAACACAAUACACUUUGAAAUGAGUAAAGAAAAGUUCCAUGCAAACUUGUGCAAAUGGUAAAUAUGAAUUUAAUGAAAUGUAUUUGUUUAGGAAAAUAAGCAAAAUGAAUUUUGUGAUCUAAUUCAAAACAGACUUUGUGCACAAAAAUUGGUAUGUUGACCUUGCAGAAACAUUCUAAUAUUCAAAUAAAAUAAAAACUAGUAUGAAAAGAAAAGGAUAAAAUAACAUGGGUUUGUUAAAUUCGUGCCUUAGGAUUGAGAGACAAGAUAGUGAUUUCGAAAAGUUAAAGAAGCAAAUUUGGAAAAGUAUUCCAAAACUACUGAAUGCAAGCUAAAAUGUGACUCAUUAUGUACCACUUGACACUGAUCCUAGAGGAGGCUUGUCCUUACUUCCAAUGUGCUAAAAUCUAAGAUUAGUUUUGGAUAAGGAAUCCAUUUCUGGGGAGAGACACUAUGUUUAUUUCUGCAAUGGAAAAUACACUUUGUCUUCUUUUCUUUAUUUUGAAGGCCCACGAUCAAUGAAUUGAUCAUUCUGGCUCUUAUGUUUCAGAGGGGAUCGCGAUGUUACUGUAUAUGGGUUUCAAAGGGAUACUACACUGGUUGCAAGGGCUACUCAGCAGUGGUGUUAUGAACUGGGGGUUGGAAUACAGGAGGCAAUAGACACAAAUGUGUCAAGUGUAGCCGCCUCAACUGUUGCUUUUGGAAGCUUGUUCCACUCCCCUAAUGUCUUAGGCAGGAAUGAGGAGCUCCUGUACUUUGUUCUUGUUUUUACCAGCCGGAACUGUCUGUCGUGGCCUCGUCGCUGUCUGGGGGAAGAUAAACGAGUUUCUGUUUGAUGCCGGAGCAGUGGACCAGGUCAUUUUUUGAUCUUGUACAACAUGGAGAGCCUGGAUAGUCGUCGUCGUUCUUCCAAUGUCGACCAGCCCAGUGUUUCCAGCAUGCUACCAACACUUGAGGUGUUUUUGUAGCGGUUCAGGACAAAGUGUUCUGCCCGUUGCUGGACCGCCUCCAACCUGUCGAUGCUUUUCUGGGUAAACAGGUCCCAGACUGUAAAAGCGUACUCUAAAAGAGGCCGGACAAAGGCUUUAUAGGCUUUUUCUUUCACGCUUGAGUUGCCGAUCUUCAGAUUGUUAAUGUGCUCGUCUCAGCGGACCUCUCUUUGAAUGAUAACACCUAGGUACUUAACUGAGGAAACUGGCUCAAGAAUAUGGCCAUGCAAUUCGUAAGAGUGGUUUAAAGGGGAUCUGCUUCUGGAGACUGUCAGGGUCUGGCACUUGACGGGAUGAAAUUCCAUGUCCCAGCUCAUCUCCCACUCAGCUAACUGAUUGAGGUCUUGUUGGAGCUGGCUCUGGUCAGAACUGUUGACGAUUGUCCUAUAUACCGCCGUGUCGUCUGCGAACAGUCUUGCUUGAGAGGUCAGCUACUCGGGCAGAUCAUUGAUAUAUGCUAAGAACAAACAAGGGCCUAGCACUGAGCCCUGGGGGAUCCCUGACUUAACACCGACAAAGGAGGAGGUUUUGCCAUCUACCACUCCUGCCUGGCAUCGGUCGCUGAGGAAGCUAGAGAUCCAUGUUUUGGUAGUGCCCUGAAUUACAUAUCUCUGCAGUCUGUGUAAUAGCAAGCUAUGGUUGACACAGUCAAAUGCUUUUGAAAAUUCCAGCACAAGCACAUCAGUCUGCUUGCUGUUCUCAAAGUUGGUCGUCAAUUCUUCAUCAAAUUCAAGGAGUUGGGUCUCGAUCUGUUGACUCGAAAGCCAUGCUGACAGUCAUUGAGUAUAUUGUGUCUUUCCAGAUGAUUCAUGACCGCACUUACGAUUAUGUGCUCCAAUAGUUUACAUACUACGCUAGUGAGAGAUACAGGGCGUUAGUGGGCAGGGUCGUAGUGCUCCCCUUUUUUGUAGAUUGGAGUGACAUGCGCUGUUCUCCAGUCAGUUGGAACGUUGCCUGUGAACAGCGACGAUUGGAAAUGGAUUGUUUUUGCAGGAGCGAUUUCAUUGGCCAAUUCUUUUAGCACUCAUGGUUUGAUGUUGUCAGGACCACAUGCCUUGUAUGGGUUAAUGGUUUUAAGGAGUUCCAGCACACCCUUCUCUGAAAUCUGGAUAUCUUCCAUUGCGGGGUAGGCUGUGCUCAUCAUGUUGGUCUUCAGAAGGAACUCAACUUCUUCUGAGUACUCUCUACCAUCCCCAAAGACCGACUGGAACUGUUGAUUGAGUAUGUCCGCCUGUUCUUUGGGUUCAGACGUCAACUUGCCUUCCCAUCUCAGGGGGGAGAGCCCGGUGUUUGAUGACCUUUGAUGCUUGAUGUAGCUCCAGAACCGCCUGUUCUUGGCCGGAGUAUCUUUCUCUGAGAAGAUGCCGUUCAGGUAGCUCCAGUAAGAUCUGCGCAGUAAGCGUUGGAUGGUUCUUCGGAGCCUCCGUGCGUCGGCUUUUAGUUUGACCGAGCCAUUCUUCUUCAUUCAUUUGUACUGGUGGUCUCUCCUGUGUAUGAGCCUUUGGAUUUCAGCCGUAACCCAUGGUUGCUUUGUCUUAGGUUUGGAGGUCUUGUGUGGUAUGAAUUUCUUCACUGCAUCAGUGAUUCUUGUCUUGAAUUUCAUCCACAGCUCUUCUGUUGUCGCAUUACCCUGAAUCUCAUGUAUGCAUGUUUGAACUCAGCUCAGUCGUUGCAUUUCUCAGGCUAUCCCAAUCUGCCUUUGCAUAAAUGGGGAUUUCUCGAACAGCCUGUUUCUUUUUUAGCGUGCUGACUUGAAAUUCGCAAUACGGAAAACUGUUUCCUUACUUAAGUCUAAAUUUACAGUAAUUUUUACAUUACUUUCUAGCAUUAAAUCUAUAAAAUCAAAGUCUUUGAAACCAUUUCAGUAUCUUGAAACCAUUUCAGUAUCAUAGUGCCCGUUAAGAAAUUACCUUGAUUACUGGUACCAAGCAAAGGAAAAUAACUCCAUUUUUACCAUAAUUUGCUGUCUUUACAAAAUUUAUUUUAAAUCAUCUUUCAUCCAGUCAUAAAAAAAUUACAGAUAAUUGUUAAGAAGAGAUCGAAUUUUAAUUAAAAUAAAUCUAAAUUAGGACCGCUUAGACCUUCAAAUUCUUUAAUGUCAAUGGAAUGUAAUUGGUAAGACCAGUCAGAUCUAUCAUCUUCUUGGACAUCAAGAUGUUGAACUAAUUCAAAAGCAGCAUCACUUUUAUUACCAUUGUCUAUUUCUGCAUCAAAUUCAUCAUUUACCGACACUCACAGCUGAUACUGCUCCAGUUCCGGGCUCUGCUCCAAAUCCCUGGUAAAAACCCAAAACAGCUUUGUCAGGGAAAAAGGGUAUUGCGUAUAUAAUUACAACCAACCUGGAACUUAAGAAUGUGUACAUUAUUUAUGCAAAAGAUUUGUAAAACAAAAUAAAUAUUAUUUUAAAGUUUAAGCUUAUACCUAUAUUUUUAGGGAUUUUCUUACUUCAAAUUUUGUGAUGAAUAUCUUCAUGUAGAUAUUUUGCUUUCUCUGUUCUGUAUUCAGGGACCUAUCAUGAUGGUGAAGUGGAAGAAGGGGGUGAGAAAAUGAGGGCAUGUGACUCGCUUAUAAUGUGCAUCAUCACCAGCAUCAACCAAGGUCUUCGCAAUGGUGGUGGUAUUGGUGAUGUUUUACGCAAACCCAGUAAAAGCGUAAGUAUUUACCUAAAUUCUGUUUACUUAAUUAAUACAGUGUUUCCCAAUGUGGGGCCUAUACCUCACAGGAAGGGGAUGGGAGAUAUUUUUCAUUAUGGGUGGAAAUGAAGUCUCUGGAGGUAAUGUAUUUAUAUUUCUAAAGGGGGGUGAGGGACAAAGCUAGUCAGGAGAGGGAGAGCAUUAAAACUUUUUAGAUGAUGAUUUGAGAUGACAUGCCCCGAAAUUACCAACUAGGUUGAGCUUCAACCAGUUAUUUUAGCCUUAGCUGUGUUGGUUCUUCCAUUCUCCUUAACUAGACACCUUGUUCCGUUUAGUGGAUUAUUUUCCCUUUUAUCUCCACCCCUAGUUUCGUCUGUUCCUAAGACGCCUUGCCCUUUUCCCUUUGUCAACUCCGGCCCGAUGUGCCGACAUGGAUAUCACCCGCGUCGAAGAGCGUUAGUUAGCAACCUCAGCAAGCCCACCAGGCCACAAUCUGCUUGGAGGCAGCCACCCCUAGUUUUGAAUGUUUGCUCCUAAGACGCCAUUACUCGCCUGGUUUGACACCAGGUGAGACUCACCCUGGCUAUCUCCACCCCUAAGGAUACAAAUUUUAAUUUUAAAUAGAUUUUUUAUGGCAUAAAAGUACUAAAUAACUUCAAUUUUUUUUCCCAUGGUAGGAGCCCUUAUUUCUAGCGAGAGUUGUUUAUGAUCUGCUGUUCUUCUUCAUUGUCAUCAUUAUUGUCCUCAACCUCAUCUUUGGUGUCAUUAUCGACACUUUUGCUGAUUUGAGGAGUGAGAAACAAACUAAAGAUGAAAUUUUACGCAACACUUGUUUUAUUUGUGGUGAGUUUUGUCGUGCCAUUUUUACAUAUGAUAUACAGUACCCGGUAGGUAAAAUCUUAUUAAAAAAUCAUAAGGUCUCUUUCAAUUUCAAAUUUAUGACAUCCUCUGCUAAGUUGGCUUUGUACCAAAACCUAAAUAGCUUAGGAUUCUAAAAAGCAAAAUCUCAGUGUAAGUUUUUUUAUAGAAAAAUCAAAUAUUAUCAUAGUUUACUUGUGAUGUCUCUCCUCUCCAUAUUUUAUGGAACUCUUUGCUUCACCUUUUCUUUUAUAUUUCUUAAGUAUUGAGAGCAAGCUAAUGACAGCAAUGCCACAAAGUCACUCAUUGCUUGUCUAUGGCUAGCUUGUAUCUCUGCCAGAGAGAUGAGAGAAAACAAAAAAACCACAUGGUCCCCAUCAAGAUAAGUCUAGGGAUUCAUUUUCAGGUCUUGACCGAGCUGCCUUCGACAAUCGAUCUGUGACAUUUGAGGACCAUGUCAAGCAUGAGCACAACAUGUGGCACUACCUCUACUUCAUUGUGCUGGUCAAAGUAAAGGAUCCUACAGAGUUUACAGGACCAGAGAGUUACGUGGAUGCUAUGAUAAAGGCAAGUUACUGUUAACUCGCAUCAUUUUAUGUUUCUUCAUCUACUGUGAUGGUGCAUUUACUACUUUUUUAUUUUUACUUGCUUUUCCAAAUAUAAACUUUUGAUCAAAUAAAUUGUAUGUGUAAGCUGUCAUAAAUCUGGCUUCAUGAGCAGUCUUGUGUUGUCUUAUCAAAUUAAAACCAAAAAAGUUGUACUUCUACUUAAAAUCGUCCUGCUCUUAUUUUUAAUGCCUGUUUCAGAAUUAUUAUACCUUGGGACUGCACAUUUUGAUUAAUUAGAGAACAUUUCAUGUGUUAUUGGCAGUCUUUAUUUAGGUUAAUUUCUUCACUUAACUAAAUAUGAAUUUUACAUUUUCAUAAUUUAUAAAAAUAUUUUUUUAAAGUUUGACAGAAUGAGAAAGAUUUUGUUUUUAAAUAAAUUUUGAAAUAAUGUUGUCACAAAAAUAAGAAGUUUAAUUCAAAGAUUUAGGUUAAUGAAAAAUUAUUGAUCUCUUUGCUAUAACUAUAAGUGUAAUUUAUCAACUAAAACACAAGAGACUUGUGAUAUGACCACCCGAUAAGACAGAUAAGAAGUUGGUGAUGAGGAAUGUUUUUAAUAUCCAAUGGUUUUUGUAUUAAUUACACACUGGUCAUUCAGGAGCGUAACCUAGAGUGGUUCCCACGCAUGCGGGCCAUGUCAUUAGCUGCUGAAGACAGCGAAGGUGAGCAGAAUGAAAUUAGAAGCCUUCAAGCCCAGUUAGACUUGACCACAAGACUUGUGCAGAAACUUUCAGGACAGCUAACGGAGUUGAAGGAACAGGUUAGUUUAACAGAACCAGCCAUCUCAGUAAGCAUAAUGAUCAUGAGUAAUAAUUUAAUAAUGCUGUAGUAACAUAGAAAUGGUGAGAAACUGAAGAUAGUAAUACUAUUACUCUUGUAUUACUAAUAGUAAAGCCUACAGCAAGAGUUUAUUUGGAGAAUAAACUAAAAUACCCAGCUUCUGUCGUAUCCGGUAAUUUGAUUGACAGAAAUUUUGUUGACGGUAAAUUGAUCAGCGGUAAUUUGAUCGAACGGAAAUUUGGUCGAACCUUUUUUUUAAUUUUACUUAAAAAUUUUGCUUCAAAUUUCUUUUUGAACGCAUUAUUUUGUUUUACUAUACAGUAUAAUGCGUUCAAAAUGAAAUUUGACGAAAAUGUUAACAUGUGAACUGAAAAAAAGUUUUGACCAAAUUUCCGUGGAUCAAUUUACCGUCUAUCAAAUUUCUUUCGACCAAAUUUCGGUAACCAGCUUCUGUACCAUGUGACAUCAAUAAACUUUCUUAAGCUACUUGCAUUUCCUAAUUUUCUAUCCCUUAACUCCUAUUUACCUAUUGAAUGAGACACCCUGAUUCUAGGGGUGUUUCUAUUAUAUUUCUACUGUUUUAAUUUUGGUUGAUACCUUUGUUGUUUGUACUUUUUCUGUAACUUUCCCACAUGAUGGUCUAGGUAUUUCCCUUAAAUCUGAAACAGCUUGAAUAAAAUUUCCCCAAUUACCCUUUACAGUCCGAUGCGCCUGAAAAGCCCGGAUUUUGUCCUAAAGGCUACCGUCUGUUGCGGCCAAACCGCCCGUUUCGAAGUUGUUUACUUUUGUUCUUAGCACAGCGGAAAUCCAUUGCACGUUACAAUUUAUAGUUCUACGGGAAGAAAGACUUGUUUUCGGAAUUUAUUUUGAUACUAGUUUGAUCGCGGUUUGUUUAGGGGCUCAUUUUCUACUAUUUUUUUGUAAAAGUUGCGAUUUUUUUCGCUGUAAAAAAUGGCUUUCCAAGCCUUGGAUACAAUUUUGAAAGAACUUAGGCCUAAUGAAGCUUCACUAUUUCAUGAGACUAGCAGGGAUAGUAAAGAAUCUGAUAGAGACAUUAAUUUAAAUGAUGCUACUAGUAACUACUAGUAAUUGUGAUUCAAGUGAAGAAGAUUGUAAGAGUAGAGACAUCGAUGACAACAGACUUAUCAAUUCCAGUCCAACUGAUUAGCAAGAUCAUGAGUGGUCUGGGAAUGUUUCACAAAUCAAAGUGGGAGGGUCCCUGAGACUGUUUUUAGGUUUAACUUUUUGCUUAAAUCAUUUAUUUGUAUUUAGGUAUUUUUUAUUUUAUUUUCUUGCUUCUAGUUUAUUUUCUUUAAAUUAAUUAGAUAUGAACCUUCAUUUAAAAUGGAGUUAUGUCCCAUUGCUUGGGCGCUGGGAGUAGACAAGGCUGAAUAGGGUUGGACUGUAAAGGGUUAAACAAAUUUGUUCACAAUUUUUUUUUUCAAUCUCCCUAUCACUGAUGCUUCAUUGUGAUCUCAUCCAGUCAUUCACAUGCCUUAGAUGUCAGUCUUUGAUUGCACAUAUUUCUAUCACCAGAUGACAGAACAAAGGAAGCAAAAACAGCGCUAUGGACUGCUACAGACCAACCCAGUGCCCAUGUCCAUACCUGCACAAUUUUAGAGAUGCCUAAGAACAAAGCUACCUUAUUUGAAGUCUGAUGCCCUCCUGUUUUGUAAAAAAAUUCCUGAGGAAACUGUCCAUACUUUAUUUAUUCUCCCUGCUUUUUUAUUAAUAACAUUUUUUAAAUUAAAUGUUAGUGGUGCCUGUUAAAAAUUGUGUGUCUUCUGUCUUUGAAAUGACAACAUCAAAGAAAGCAUAGUUAUGCCAUAACAAAAAGUAUAUUUUUGAUUAGUUAUUUAAGUUGCCAGAGUUGUGUGCUUAGCACAUUGACAUUUUAUUAAUAGCAGGACCAACCAAUGUUUCAUUUUCUCCACACAACAUUUUAUGUGCACAACAUGCAGAACAACCAUUACUCCAGACCUGUUUACCCUCCAACUCUUAAAAUCGUACAAUAUCAUGACAAAAUCUUUCAAUACAAUCUUAAUAGUAUAAAAAUAAACAUAAAUUAUGGCUUAAACUAGUUGAGGAUGUCACUAGGUCUUUUCAGUGUUUAUUAAAGUAUAAUGUAUACACCUCAAAAUCAUACAUGGUACGCCAAAAUCGUAAGAAUAAACAGGUCUGUUACUCUAUGUUUAUGUACUGGUAUUGAUACAGUAAGCAUACCCAGCAUCAAUGUACCUACUAGGCCACCAACCUCCACUCAUCCCCCAAUACCAUUGGCAUUGUUGCUUAAAAUACUUAAAUUGCUAUUCAAUAUUUUAAAAUAAAGAAGCAAAUGAGUAAAAAAAACUCCACAUAAUUUUAGAUUAUACAGUUACCAGUAAAUGUCCUCUGCUUUUGUGUUCUCCUGUCUUGCGUUGAAUAUUUAUUACACUUAGCACCUUUUAUUACUGUUACUUUUAGCAUAGUACUUAGUCAUUGCUGGUACCCCGUACUAUAAGUUUUUGUUUCAUUUCACUAGUGCAAAGAAAAUUAUUGGAGAUAAUACUUAUCUUAAAUCAGAUUGCAAAAGCAGUUAGGUCUUUAAUUUGCAUUGUAAUUCCCAGAAGACAGUUGAUUAUGCUUGUCAAAAGUUAAUCAGUUGGAUUUCUGGCUAUAUGAAGGAGCAUUCUUUCAAAUGUCCUUGAAUAAAUAUGUUCUCCUUCAAAUACAGAGUAGAGUGAAGCUUUGCUAAUGAAAGGACUAAAUAGCAAACACUGGCUGAAGCCCUUUAAGUUUAAGUGCAAACAUAUAUACGGUCUAGUUCUGUAUUUAAUAAAGCUAUAUCUUUCAAUUGAGUCUGUUGAUGAAGGCUUCCUGCUGUUUGCUGUGUGUUUAGCUUUACUCUACAUUGCAACUUUAAGGUUUUUAUGAGCUUUCUUACUUUGCAUUUUUUAUUGUACAAGAAUAGCCCUCACUGACAUUCCAGAAUUACUCUAUGCAAAGGUUAGCAAAUAUUUUAAAAGAAAAUAAUUACAAGCGUAUUUAAUGCAAUGCUCCUUAUAUUUGAAAUUAUUUCAUCAACUCCUAACAUCGAAACAAGACCUUGAUACUAAAAUUUCUAAUAAAGUGCCAAUCAAAACAUUGUCAUUUUGCUAUUCUGAUAAGGAAAUAUAAAAUUUAUUUUAUAAUAUAGUGGUGUGCAUCAUAUUAACAAUUCAUCUCAAGAAAAGCUUACUUUAUUACAUUUUUAGAUUAUUUAUUAUAAUAUAAAUUACCAUUUUUAAAGUAAAUAUGAAGAUGUAGUAAUAUCUGAAUAUACAUAUAUAUUGGAUUUCACUGUAUUUGUAAACAGCAUUUAUGUUUGUUAAAAAAAGUAAUGAAUUAUCAGUAUACUGUAUUAUAAUUCUGUUAAUGACAAACAUAUAAUUAAAUACAUAAAUUAUAUUAAAAACAUUUACUAUAGUCCAAAUUUAUUUUCAUUAAGCUAGAAUAUUUUAUAAAAUAUCUAUUCAAAUAAUAUAUCUACAGUUAUUAAAUUGAUAAGCAACUCUGAUUAUAUUGAUGGGUAGCUUUUUCCUACCUUAUUGAUUAUUGUAAUUUAAAACCCAUCAUCUUUCAUACAUUAGUCAAUGUAAUUGUAAGUUAUUUUGGACCUUUUUCCUAGAAUGAUUUGUCCAUUCAUCUAUACUAAUCUUUAACAUUUAUAAGAUUAAAAUAUGAAUGAAAUAAUGAACAACAAGUUACCAGUCUGCCACCCUGCUACUUUAAUUCAAAUCAAUAAUUGUGUCUUAUAAUUGGUCCUUUUUCUUACAUUUACAUGUAACAUUUAUAAAAAUGUUCAAACAUGGUAAUCGAUUGAGGAUGCUGCUUCUCACAUUGUUGGUGUAAUUUGUGAAUUUUUUUUAUGUAACAUUGUUAUUUAAUGUAUGCACUUUGGUAAACAUAAUCAAAACUUUUCUACUGCCACAAAAAGAUAUUGAAGUAUUUUAGUUUUCCUUUAAAGAUUAUUGUUUCAAAUAAAUG